AUGAGGACGGCUGCACCGGGAGAAAGUGAUAUUGGUUAGUUAACAGUGCGGGAGGAAAGGAACUGCCCAGCAGAACCCCCUUUGCACAGCUCGCAGCCGGUGCCAGAUCCCCUCUGGACCACAGGGAAACCACCCUACUGAGAAAGGGUAGACAAAAGAGGGUUGUGAUUAAAACAUCUUAAAUUUGUGCGUGUUUCUGUCAGUGUGUAUCUGUGUUUGCUGGUGUGUGUUAGCGUGUGUGUGUGCGCAUUUACCACUGUGUUUCUGUAAGUGUAUAUGUGUAUCUGUCGGUAUGUUUAUAUGUGUCAGUGUGUGUGUGUGUGUGUGUCUACCAGUAUUUAUUUGUCAGUGUGUAUCUGUGUUUGUUGUUGUGUGUCAGCAUGUAUGUGUGCAUCUCACAGUAUGUUUCUGUAAGUGUGUAUGUGUAUCUGUCGGUAUGUUUAUAUGUGUCAGUGUGUGUGUCUACCAGUAUUUAUCUGUCAGUGUGUACCUGUGUUUGUUGUUGUGUGUCAGCAUGUAUGUGUGCAUCUAACAGUAUGUUUCUGUAAGUGUGUAUGUGUAUCUGUCGAUAUAUUUAUUUGUGUCAGUGUGUGUGUGUCUACCAGUAUGUAUCUGUCAGUCUGUAUCUGUUGUUGUGUGUUGGGUGUGUACGUUUGUCUGUGCACGGCUGUCGGCAUGUGUGUGUAUGUUUGCCACGGUGUGUCUGUCUAGCAGUGAGUACUGGUAUCUGUGUGGCAGUGUGUAUCUGUCAAUGUGUAUUAAGUGUCUGUGUGUGUUAUCUACUGCAUGUGUCAGUGUGUGUGAGAAUGCAUGUAUGGAUCGUGGGUUUGUAAGGGUCCCCAAGUGUUCGGAAUGAAAGCCCUGUGUGUGGCUCUUUCUACAACAGACACAUUUCCUUAUCAAUGUUUUACUCCAAAUGUAAAAAAAAAAUUAAUUUGACAAGAUAUAGAUUUUUAAGGGAUUGUUAAAAAUUAUUAAAGCAGCAAUGACAGUUUUUUCACAGCAGAGCAUCAUGGGAUAUAUAUUUCACAACAUUAUUUAUUGUUACUGGUAUUUUUAAAGCGCCAACAGAUUCCGCAGUGCUGUACAAUUAGUGGAGAACGAACAAUAUACACAGACAAAUUCAAGAGGUAGAGAGAGCCCUGCCCGUAAACUGAUACAAGAGGUAGAGAGAGCCCUGCCCGUAAUCUUAUACAAGAGGUAGAGAGAGCCCUGCCCGUAAUCUUAUACAAAAGAUAGAGAGAGCCCUGCCCGUAAUCUGAUACAAGAGGUAGAGAGAGCCCUGCCCGUAAUCUGAUACAAGAGGUAGAGAGAGCCCUGCCGUAAUCUGAUACAAGAGGUAGAGAGAGCCCUGCCCGUAAACUGAUACAAGAGAUAGAGAGAGCCCUGCCCGUAAACUGAUACAAGAGGUAGAGAGAGCUCUGCCCGUAAAAUGAUACAAGAGAUAGAGAGAGCCCUGCCCGUAAUCUGAUACAAGAGAUAGAGAGAGCCCUGCCGUAAUCUGAUACAAGAGGAAGAGAGAGCCCUGCCGUAAUCUGAUACAAGAGAUAGAGAGAGCCCUGCCCGUAAUCUGAUACAAGAGAUAGAGAGAGCCCUGCCCGUAAACUGAUACAAGAGGAAGAGAGAGCCUGACCGUAAUCUGAUACAAGAGGUAGAGAGAGCCCUGCCCGUAAACUGAUACAAGAGAUAGAGAGAGCCCUGCCCGUAAUCUGAUACAAGAGAUAGAGAGAGCCCUGCCGUAAUCUGAUACAAGAGAUAGAGAGAGCCCUGCCCGUAAACUGAUACAAGAGAUAGAGAGCCCUGCCCCGUGAAAUUACAAGAGAUAGAGAGGCCACGUAAACUGAUACAGAGGAAGAGAGCCUGCCGUAAUCUGAUACAAAAUUAGAAGGCCACCCGUAAUCUGAUACAAGGAAAGAGAGCCUGCCCGUAAAACUGGCUGAGGAAGAGAGCCCAGCGUGAGGUGAUACAAGAGGAAGAAGAGCCCUGCCCGUAAUCUGAUACAAAGGAAGAGAGAGCCCAGCACGUAAACUGAUACAAGAGGAAGAGAGAGCCCUGCCCGUAAUCUGAUACAAAGGAAGAGAGAGCCCUGCCCGUAAUCUGAUACAAGAGGUAGAGAGAGCCCUGCCCGUAAACUGAUACAAGAGGAAGAGAGAGCCCUGCCCGUAAUCUGAUACAAAGGAAGAGAGAGCCCAGCACGUAAACUGAUACAAGAGGAAGAGAGAGCCCUGCCCGUAAUCUGAUACAGAGGUAGAGAGAGCCCUGACGUAAACUGAUACAAGAGGUAGAGAAAGCCCUGCCUGUAAACUGAUACAAAAGAUAGAGAGAGCCCUGCCCGUAAAAUGACACAAGAGGUAGAGAGAGCCCUGCCCGUAAUCUGAUACAAGAGGUAGAGAGAGCCCUGCCCGUAAACUGAUACAAGAGGAAGAGAGAGCCCUGCCCGUAAUCUGAUACAAGAGUUAGAGAGAGCCCUGCCCGUAAUCUGAAACAAGAGUUAGAGAGAGCCCUGCCCGUAAACUGAUACAAGAGGUAGAGAGAGCCCUGCCCGUAAACUGAUACAAGAGGAAGAGAGAGCCCUGCCCGUAAUCUGAUACAAGAGGUAGAGAGAGCCCUGCCCGUAAUCUGAAACAAGAGGAAGAGAGAGCCCUGCCUGUAAACUGAUACAAGAGGUAGAGAGAGCCCUGCCCAGAACUGAUACAAAGGAAGAGAGAGCCCUGCCCGUGACCCGAUACAAGAGAUAGAGAGCCCUGCCCAGAAACUGAUACAAAGGGAAGAGAGAGCCCUGUCUGAACUGAUACAAGUGUAGAGAGAGCCCCACAGAACUGAUACAAGAGGAAAGAGAGCCCUGCCCAGAAUCUGAUACAAGAGGUGGAGAGAGACUCGGCCCGUGAACUGAUACAAAGGAAGAGAGAGCCCUGCCUGUAAUCACAAGAGGUAGAGAGGAGCCCUGCCUGUAAUUCCGAUGGCAGAUAGAGAGAGCCCCACCAGAAUCUGAUACAAGAGGUAGAGAGAGCCCUGCCUUAAUCUGAUUCAGAGGACAAGAGAGCCCUGCCUGUAAUCUGAUACAAGAGGCAGAGAGAGCCCCUGCCCGUAAUCUGAUACAAGAGAUAGAGAGAGCCCUGCCCGUAAACUGAUACAAAGGGAAGAGAGAGCACUGCCCGUAAUCUGAUACAAGAGAUAGAGAGAGCCCUGCCCGUAAACUGAUACAAAGGAAGAGAGAGCCCUGCCCGUAAUCUGAUACAAGAGGUAGAGAGAGCCCUGCCCGUAAACUGAUACAAGAGGUAGAGAGAGCUUUGCCCGUAAUCUGAUACAAGAGGUAGAGAGAGACCUGCCCGUAAACUGAUACAAAGGAAGAGAGAGCCCUGCCUGUAAUCUGAUACAAGAGGUAGAGAGAGCCCUGCCCGUAAUCUGAUACAAGAGAUAGAGAGAGCCCUGCCCGUAAUCUGAUACAAGAGGUAGAGAGAGCCCUGCCUGUAAUCUGAUACAAGAGGACAAGAGAGCCCUGCCUGUAAUCUGAUACAAGAGGUAGAGAGAGCCCUGCCCGAAAUCUGAUACAAGAGAUAGAGAGAGCCCUGCCCGUAAUCUGAUACAAGAGUUAGAGAGAGCCCUGCCCGUAAACUGAUACAAGAGAUAGAGAGAGCCCUGCCCAUAAACUGAUACAAGAGGUAGAGAGAGCCCUGCCUGUAAACUGAUACAAGAGGUAGAGAGAGCCUGCCCGUAAACUGAUACAAGAGGAAGAGAGAGCCCUGCCCGUAAUCUGAUACAAAGGAAGAGAGAGCCCUGCCCGUAAUCUGAUACAAGAGAUAGAGUGAGCCCUGCCCGUAAUCUGAUACAAGAGGUAGAGAGAGCCCUGCCCGUAAACUGAUACAAGAGGAAGAGAGAGCCCUGCCCGUAAUCUGAUACAAAGGAAGAGAGAGCCCAGCACGUAAACUGAUACAAGAGGAAGAGAGAGCCCUGCCCGUAAUCUGAUACAAAGGAAGAGAGAGCCCUGCACGUAAUCUGAUACAAGAGGACAAGAGAGCCCUGCCCGUAAUCUGAUACAAGAGAUAGAGAGAGCCCUGCCCAUAAACUGAUACAAGAGGUAGAGAGAGCCCUGCCUGUAAACUGAUACAAGAGGUAGAGAGAGCCCUGCCCGUAAACUGAUACAAGAGGUAGAGAGAGCCCUGCCCGUAAACUGAUACAAGAGGUAGAGAGAGCCCUGCCCGUAAACUGAUACAAGAGAUAGAGAGAGCCCUGCCCAUAAACUGAUACAAGAGGUAGAGAGAGCCCUGCCCGUAAUCUGAUACAAGAGAUAGAGAGAGCCCUGCCCAUAAACUGAUACAAGAGGUAGAGAGAGCCCUGCCUGUAAACUGAUACAAGAGAUAGAGAGAGCUCUGCCCGUAAACUGAUACAAGAGGUAGAGAGAGCCCUGCCUGUAAACUGAUACAAGAGGUAGAGAGAGCCCUGCCCGUAAACUGAUACAAGAGAUAGAGAGAGCUCUGCCCGUAAACUGAUACAAGAGGUAGGGAGAGCCCUGCCCGUAAACUGAUACAAGAGGUAGAGAGAGCCCUGCCUGUAAACUGAUACAAGAGAUAGAGAGAGCCCUGCCCGUAAUCUGAUACAAGAGGUAGAGAGAGCCCUGCCCGUAAUCUGAUACAAGAGGUAGAGAGAGCCCUGCCUGUAAACUGAUACAAGAGGUAGAGAGAGCCCUGCCUGUAAACUGAUACAAGAGAUAGAGAGAGCCCUGCCCGUAAUCUGAUACAAGAGGUAGAGAGAGCCCUGCCCGUAAGAUGAUACAAGAGGUAGAGAGAGCCCUGCCCAUAAACUGAUACAAGAGGUACAGAGAGCCCUGCCUGUAAACUGAUACAAGAGAUAGAGAGAGCCCUGCCCGUAAUCUGAUACAAGAGGUAGAGAGAGCCCUACCCGUAAACUGAUACAAGAGGUAGAGAGAGCCCUGCCCGUAAUCUGAUACAAGAGGUAGAGAGAGCCCUGCCCGUAAGAUGAUACAAGAGGUAGAGAGAGCCCUGCCCGUAAACUGAUACAAGAGGUAGAGAGAGCCCUGCCUGUAAUCUGAUACAAGAGAUAGAGAGAGCCCUGCCCGUAAACUGAUACAAGAGGUAGAGAGAGCCCUGCCCGUAAUCUGAUACAAGAGGUAGAGAGAGCCCUGCCCAUAAAAUGAUACAAGAGAUAGAGAGAGCCCUGCCCGUAAACUGAUACAAGAGGUAGAGAGAGCCCUGCCUGUAAUCUGAUACAAGAGGUAGAGAGAGCCCUGCCCGUAAUCUGAUACAAGAGUUAGAGAGAGCCCUGCCCGUAAUCUGAUACAAGAGAUAGAGAGAGCUCUGCCCGUAAACUGAUACAAGAGGUAGAGAGAGCCCUGCCCGUAAACUGAUACAAGAGGUAGAGAGAGUCCUGCCCGUAAUCUGAUACAAGAGAUAGAGAGAGCCCUGCCCGUAAACUGAUACAAAGGAAGAGAGAGCCCUGCCCGUAAUCUGAUACAAGAGGUAGAGAGAGCCCUGCCCGUAAACUGAUACAAGAGGUAGAGAGAGCUUUGCCCGUAAUCUGAUACAAGAGGUAGAGAGAGACCUGCCCGUAAACUGAUACAAAGGAAGAGAGAGCCCUGCCUGUAAUCUGAUACAAGAGGUAGAGAGAGCCCUGCCCGUAAUCUGAUACAAGAGAUAGAGAGAGCCCUGCCCGUAAUCUGAUACAAGAGGUAGAGAGAGCCCUGCCUGUAAUCUGAUACAAGAGGACAAGAGAGCCCUGCCUGUAAUCUGAUACAAGAGGUAGAGAGAGCCCUGCCCGAAAUCUGAUACAAGAGAUAGAGAGAGCCCUGCCCGUAAUCUGAUACAAGAGUUAGAGAGAGCCCUGCCCGUAAACUGAUACAAGAGAUAGAGAGAGCCCUGCCCAUAAACUGAUACAAGAGGUAGAGAGAGCCCUGCCUGUAAACUGAUACAAGAGGUAGAGAGAGCCUGCCCGUAAACUGAUACAAGAGGAAGAGAGAGCCCUGCCCGUAAUCUGAUACAAAGGAAGAGAGAGCCCUGCCCGUAAUCUGAUACAAGAGAUAGAGUGAGCCCUGCCCGUAAUCUGAUACAAGAGGUAGAGAGAGCCCUGCCCGUAAACUGAUACAAGAGGAAGAGAGAGCCCUGCCCGUAAUCUGAUACAAAGGAAGAGAGAGCCCAGCACGUAAACUGAUACAAGAGGAAGAGAGAGCCCUGCCCGUAAUCUGAUACAAAGGAAGAGAGAGCCCUGCACGUAAUCUGAUACAAGAGGACAAGAGAGCCCUGCCCGUAAUCUGAUACAAGAGAUAGAGAGAGCCCUGCCCAUAAACUGAUACAAGAGGUAGAGAGAGCCCUGCCUGUAAACUGAUACAAGAGGUAGAGAGAGCCCUGCCCGUAAACUGAUACAAGAGGUAGAGAGAGCCCUGCCCGUAAACUGAUACAAGAGGUAGAGAGAGCCCUGCCCGUAAACUGAUACAAGAGAUAGAGAGAGCCCUGCCCAUAAACUGAUACAAGAGGUAGAGAGAGCCCUGCCCGUAAUCUGAUACAAGAGAUAGAGAGAGCCCUGCCCAUAAACUGAUACAAGAGGUAGAGAGAGCCCUGCCUGUAAACUGAUACAAGAGAUAGAGAGAGCUCUGCCCGUAAACUGAUACAAGAGGUAGAGAGAGCCCUGCCCGUAAACUGAUACAAGAGGUAGAGAGAGUCCUGCCCGUAAUCUGAUACAAGAGAUAGAGAGAGCCCUGCCCGUAAACUGAUACAAAGGAAGAGAGAGCCCUGCCCGUAAUCUGAUACAAGAGGUAGAGAGAGCCCUGCCUGUAAACUGAUACAAGAGAUAGAGAGAGCCCUGCCCGUAAUCUGAUACAAGAGGUAGAGAGAGCCCUGCCCGUAAUCACAAUGCAAAGUAGAGCCCACACCUUAAACUAUUACAAGAAGGUAGAAGAGCCUGCCUUAAGCAGUUCAAGUAGAGAGAGCUGCCGUAAUCACAAUUACAAGAGGUAGAGAGAGCCCUGCCCGUAAGAUGAUACAAGAGGUAGAGAGAGCCCUGCCCAUAAACUGAUACAAGAGGUACAGAGAGCCCUGCCUGUAAACUGAUACAAGAGAUAGAGAGAGCCCUGCCCGUAAUCUGAUACAAGAGGUAGAGAGAGCCCUACCCGUAAACUGAUACAAGAGGUAGAGAGAGCCCUGCCCGUAAUCUGAUACAAGAGGUAGAGAGAGCCCUGCCCGUAAGAUGAUACAAGAGGUAGAGAGAGCCCUGCCCGUAAACUGAUACAAGAGGUAGAGAGAGCCCUGCCUGUAAUCUGAUACAAGAGAUAGAGAGAGCCCUGCCCGUAAACUGAUACAAGAGGUAGAGAGAGCCCUGCCCGUAAUCUGAUACAAGAGGUAGAGAGAGCCCUGCCCAUAAGAUGAUACAAGAGAUAGAGAGAGCCCUGCCCGUAAACUGAUACAAGAGGUAGAGAGAGCCCUGCCUGUAAUCUGAUACAAGAGGUAGAGAGAGCCCUGCCCGUAAUCUGAUACAAGAGUUAGAGAGAGCCCUGCCCGUAAUCUGAUACAAGAGAUAGAGAGAGCUCUGCCCGUAAACUGAUACAAGAGGUAGAGAGAGCCCUGCCCGUAAACUGAUACAAGAGGUAGAGAGAGUCCUGCCCGUAAUCUGAUACAAGAGAUAGAGAGAGCCCUGCCCGUAAACUGAUACAAAGGAAGAGAGAGCCCUGCCCGUAAUCUGAUACAAGAGGUAGAGAGAGCCCUGCCCGUAAACUGAUACAAGAGGUAGAGAGAGCUUUGCCCGUAAUCUGAUACAAGAGGUAGAGAGAGACCUGCCCGUAAACUGAUACAAAGGAAGAGAGAGCCCUGCCUGUAAUCUGAUACAAGAGGUAGAGAGAGCCCUGCCCGUAAUCUGAUACAAGAGAUAGAGAGAGCCCUGCCCGUAAUCUGAUACAAGAGGUAGAGAGAGCCCUGCCUGUAAUCUGAUACAAGAGGACAAGAGAGCCCUGCCUGUAAUCUGAUACAAGAGGUAGAGAGAGCCCUGCCCGAAAUCUGAUACAAGAGAUAGAGAGAGCCCUGCCCGUAAUCUGAUACAAGAGUUAGAGAGAGCCCUGCCCGUAAACUGAUACAAGAGAUAGAGAGAGCCCUGCCCAUAAACUGAUACAAGAGGUAGAGAGAGCCCUGCCUGUAAACUGAUACAAGAGGUAGAGAGAGCCUGCCCGUAAACUGAUACAAGAGGAAGAGAGAGCCCUGCCCGUAAUCUGAUACAAAGGAAGAGAGAGCCCUGCCCGUAAUCUGAUACAAGAGAUAGAGUGAGCCCUGCCCGUAAUCUGAUACAAGAGGUAGAGAGAGCCCUGCCCGUAAACUGAUACAAGAGGAAGAGAGAGCCCUGCCCGUAAUCUGAUACAAAGGAAGAGAGAGCCCAGCACGUAAACUGAUACAAGAGGAAGAGAGAGCCCUGCCCGUAAUCUGAUACAAAGGAAGAGAGAGCCCUGCACGUAAUCUGAUACAAGAGGACAAGAGAGCCCUGCCCGUAAUCUGAUACAAGAGAUAGAGAGAGAGCCCUGCCCAUAAACUGAUACAAGAGGUAGAGAGAGCCCUGCCUGUAAACUGAUACAAGAGGUAGAGAGAGCCCUGCCCGUAAACUGAUACAAGAGGUAGAGAGAGCCCUGCCCGUAAACUGAUACAAGAGGUAGAGAGAGCCCUGCCCGUAAACUGAUACAAGAGAUAGAGAGAGCCCUGCCCAUAAACUGAUACAAGAGGUAGAGAGAGCCCUGCCCGUAAUCUGAUACAAGAGAUAGAGAGAGCCCUGCCCAUAAACUGAUACAAGAGGUAGAGAGAGCCCUGCCUGUAAACUGAUACAAGAGAUAGAGAGAGCUCUGCCCGUAAACUGAUACAAGAGGUAGAGAGAGCCCUGCCUGUAAACUGAUACAAGAGGUAGAGAGAGCCCUGCCCGUAAACUGAUACAAGAGAUAGAGAGAGCCCUGCCCGUAAACUGAUACAAGAGGUAGGGAGAGCCCUGCCCGUAAACUGAUACAAGAGGUAGAGAGAGCCCUGCCUGUAAACUGAUACAAGAGAUAGAGAGAGCCCUGCCCGUAAUCUGAUACAAGAGGUAGAGAGAGCCCUGCCCGUAAUCUGAUACAAGAGGUAGAGAGAGCCCUGCCUGUAAACUGAUACAAGAGGUAGAGAGAGCCCUGCCUGUAAACUGAUACAAGAGAUAGAGAGAGCCCUGCCCGUAAUCUGAUACAAGAGGUAGAGAGAGCCCUGCCCGUAAGAUGAUACAAGAGGUAGAGAGAGCCCUGCCCAUAAACUGAUACAAGAGGUACAGAGAGCCCUGCCUGUAAACUGAUACAAGAGAUAGAGAGAGCCCUGCCCGUAAUCUGAUACAAGAGGUAGAGAGAGCCCUACCCGUAAACUGAUACAAGAGGUAGAGAGAGCCCUGCCCGUAAUCUGAUACAAGAGGUAGAGAGAGCCCUGCCCGUAAGAUGAUACAAGAGGUAGAGAGAGCCCUGCCCGUAAACUGAUACAAGAGGUAGAGAGAGCCCUGCCUGUAAUCUGAUACAAGAGAUAGAGAGAGCCCUGCCCGUAAACUGAUACAAGAGGUAGAGAGAGCCCUGCCCGUAAUCUGAUACAAGAGGUAGAGAGAGCCCUGCCCAUAAAAUGAUACAAGAGAUAGAGAGAGCCCUGCCCGUAAACUGAUACAAGAGGUAGAGAGAGCCCUGCCUGUAAUCUGAUACAAGAGGUAGAGAGAGCCCUGCCCGUAAUCUGAUACAAGAGUUAGAGAGAGCCCUGCCCGUAAUCUGAUACAAGAGAUAGAGAGAGCUCUGCCCGUAAACUGAUACAAGAGGUAGAGAGAGCCCUGCCCGUAAACUGAUACAAGAGGUAGAGAGAGUCCUGCCCGUAAUCUGAUACAAGAGAUAGAGAGAGCCCUGCCCGUAAACUGAUACAAAGGAAGAGAGAGCCCUGCCCGUAAUCUGAUACAAGAGGUAGAGAGAGCCCUGCCCGUAAACUGAUACAAGAGGUAGAGAGAGCUUUGCCCGUAAUCUGAUACAAGAGGUAGAGAGAGACCUGCCCGUAAACUGAUACAAAGGAAGAGAGAGCCCUGCCUGUAAUCUGAUACAAGAGGUAGAGAGAGCCCUGCCUGUAAUCUGAUACAAGAGAUAGAGAGAGCCCUGCCCGUAAUCUGAUACAAGAGGUAGAGAGAGCCCUGCCUGUAAUCUGAUACAAGAGGACAAGAGAGCCCUGCCUGUAAUCUGAUACAAGAGGUAGAGAGAGCCCUGCCCGAAAUCUGAUACAAGAGAUAGAGAGAGCCCUGCCCGUAAUCUGAUACAAGAGUUAGAGAGAGCCCUGCCCGUAAACUGAUACAAGAGAUAGAGAGAGCCCUGCCCAUAAACUGAUACAAGAGGUAGAGAGAGCCCUGCCUGUAAACUGAUACAAGAGGUAGAGAGAGCCUGCCCGUAAACUGAUACAAGAGGAAGAGAGAGCCCUGCCCGUAAUCUGAUACAAAGGAAGAGAGAGCCCUGCCCGUAAUCUGAUACAAGAGGAUAGAGAGAGCCCUGCCCGUAAACUGAUACAAGAGGAUAGAGAGAGCCCUGCCCGUAAACUGAUACAAGAGGUAGAGAGAGCCCUGCCCGUAAUCUGAAACAAGAGAUAGAGAGAGCCCUGCCCGUAAACUGAUACAAGAGAUAGAGAGAGCCCUGCCCGUAAACUGAUACAAGAGGUAGAGAGAGCCCUGCCCGUAAACUGAUACAAGAGAUAGAGAGAGCCCUGCCCGUAAUCUGAAACAAGAGAUAGAGAGAGCCCUGCCCGUAAUCUGAAACAAGAGAUAGAGAGAGCCCUGCCCGUAAACUGAAAUCUAGCCAUUGAAGCUCUUUUAUUCAAAGUGUUUAGCUAGAUAGUCUUUGAGCUUACAACAUCUUUAAUUCCAGAGCCUGUCCAGCCUUACAGCCAUCGGCAUGGCAAACAUACAAAUCGCUCUUCAUUAAGGGGUCUAUUUACUAAACAGAAUUUGGCCAGAUCUCAGUAAUCAGCCGUCAGCAAAUAUUUAAGCCAAUUUAUUUAAAAACAUAUUCACUAAAUAGUAAAUGGUGGUGAAUCAGCAGUCUAAGCUAAAAUUUCUGUAUAUUUUAGACUCCAUCUAGAGUACUUUCAUCAAAUUACUAUAUAUCCUCAAUAUGUACUGAAUCGUAGUUCAAAUUCAAGGUGCAAAUACUUCCCAUAAUCGCACGCUUGGUUAUUAAGUGUUCUUGCAUAGCAAGACCACUUAAUGUUAUCUCACAUAUAUAUUAUUAUUAUUAAGUGUUCUUGCAUAGCAAGACCACUUAAUGUUAUCUCACAUAUAUAUUAUUAUUAUUAUUAUUAUUAUUAUUAUAGCAAAAUUUGCCACCCUAACUCCUCCCACAGUUUUUACACUACAUAGACAAAAAUCUACCAAAACGUGCAGAUUGUUCCCGAUCGGAUUGCUAUUACUUUGUGGAACGUUUCGCCGAAUGGUUCACGGAAUAUCGUCGUUUUUGUGGCGAAAUUUGUCCCAUAGGAAUGAAUGGCAAAGCUAGAGUGGGAGCUGGCAAAAGCUGAAAAAUCAGGACAUGAUUUCUAAACUGCCACCACUCCCUCAUUUUCAGGUCCACCUACACAAAUCUUAUAUCAAAACGUUCAGCUAUCCCUGCUGCCACUAAACAUGUCAACGGCUAAGCCAUAGUCCUGAUAGUUUUCACAAUAUAAUCAUUUGUUUGCAACUAACGCCGUCCAUUGACUUUCAUUGAAACUUCACUCUGCAAAGCUCAAAUUUGAAGUGCAAUUUCUAAACUGCGACUGUGCCUUCAUUUUUAAUACUUCAGAGACAUACUAUGCAUCAAAAUGUAGGUCUGGGUCUUGUGAUUCUCACAAUAUAAAGCUCUUCACUGUAGGAGUUAUAGUUUUUAAGAUACGACCGUUAGAAGAUGGCAACCGCCAAAAUACUCUGACCUGUGUCAAGCUGCAGCAGCAAGUGAUGUCAUAGACAGGGCCUUUUGAACACCUGCUAAUGUUUUUUAUAAAUGUAUGGUUUAAUGUAACUGUGCAACAACGUUGCAAUUAAAUGUGCUAUGUAAAUGAUAACAGUUACUCCGCCCACUCCAGGUGUAGACUACUGGUGGAGGCAAGAACACUUCACACAAUUUCCCCAGAAAUUGUAGCUUUUCUAGUUGUUUUUACACUUGUUAGAAAAGGUCUCUCAGCUGUGAGGGUCUUCACCCCCUCAUAUCCCUGUGCUCACUGAGCCCAUUGCAAGCCUUGGUCUAUUUAAGGAAUAUCUUAGAUCUCAGCAUUGACCUUCUAAUUUACACUCAUUGACUCCAACCUGCCUUUUACAAACCUUCAGAGUUUAUCUAAACUCUGCCUCUGGCUAUUUCUCGAGGUUACAGCUGUUACACCUCAAGGAGACUUUCUUAUUCCAUUUAAAAGUACUUCUUAAAGAUACCAAACCCAUCGUCACCUGCUUUCCUAAAAUAUAAGCUGCCAAAACUAUAUUAUCUCUACAAAAACAAGUAUAAAUAGAGAAUCAACAUUGAUCGUACAACUUGUCUUUCACGCGAUAUACCUUGACAAGUACAACAGAUUAAAAACAUUGUGAAUAUCUGUGUGAAACUAUUCUUUUUUUAGCUUCACUAUAAAGUAAUAAUUCUUGUAAUUAAUAGUACAACCUUAUUGCUGUCAUCACAAAAUCUGAGAUAGCAUUCAGUAGUAAGUUAUAACACAGAUAACCAUAAUAUUGAAAGCCACUGGAGCACCACUUGAUAAACUUCAGGUUGUCCCCCGUCUAUAUGUUACUAGGCUUUCAACAGAGACAGACAUACAUACUGUGACGGACGCUCUGGCACUCCGACCGAGUACCUCCGCCAAUCGAUGCUCCUAGUGCUUGCCGAGGACUCCAAGCACUCCAACCGACACCAUCAGCACUGCAGACUUAUCCCAUCCCCCAAGCAUGAGCCAAGGCUUCAAGAAAGGGUCAAGCAGGUCUGUUUAAUGAGCACCAAAGCAACAGCCCUCAUGCAGCAAAAACAACUCCUCCUCAGAGGAAAACAAACUGACAGUUAAAGACAGACAGCGUUUGGAAAUAUGACAGUUAUUAAGGGUUUAAACUGGUGUUCUAAGGGGGGGGGGGGAGGGGUAACAAAACAGUCAAACUAAGUCCAUAAAAGAGGGGGUUUCUUCACACUCUGCAUCCGAAGUGCCAUAGCAAAACUGCAGAUCCUUUGUCAGAGCAUUUAAAGGGCCAGAACCAGUCUAAUAAAAUCCACUAUGCCCAAAUAACGUAUUUAAAGGGUAAAAUCUCCCAGGGGCCAUAGUCAUACGGCAAGAGGCUGGUAAUUAGUCCUCUCCACGCACAAGUGGCAAAGGGCACUUCGUCACACAUGCUCUAUAAACGUAGUGUCCCAUUAGCCUACUUCCAUUGUAAAGUAUAGCUUGGAGGAAAGACGAGACGGGGGGAUAUGAUAGAAACAUUUAAAUAUAUAAAGGGAAUCAACACAGUAAAGGAGGAGACUAUAUUUAAAAGAAGGAAAAACUACCACAACAAGAGGACAUAGUCUUAAAUUAGAGGGACAAAGGUUUAAAAAUAAUAUCAGGAAGUAUUACUUUACUGAGAGUGUAGUGGAUGCAUGGAAUAGCCUUCCAGCUGAAGUGGUAGAGGUUAACACAGUAAAGGAGUUUAAGCAUGGGUGGGAUAGGCAUAAGGCUAUCCUAACUAUAAGAUAAGACUAGGGACUAAUGAAAGUAUUUAGAAAAUUGGGCAGACUAGAUGGGCCGAAUGGUUCUUAUCUGCCGUCACAUUCUAUUGCUUGCUCAGCUAGAUAAUUUGAUGGCAUAGUCCCAGCAUUGCAACAGGCAAAGACUAAUAUAAUCAAAUAAUAUUAGCCAAAAAAGGCAGUUCGUCCAAAACGAUUCGCCUGAAAAAAAAAUAACGUUUCAAUACAAUCGUUUCUGGAGAAAUCGAGCAAAAAUUAACCAGUUUACUCCAAAGUAUAAAUACUCUGUAUAUAUUUUGCAAUAGAUGUUUUCACCAUUUGAUUCACAGAUCAGGUGAGACGUACUGAAAAAAAUCUAUAUUUAUAUUUUUAUUAAACACAUAUAUAAAUGUAGAUUUUUUUUAUUUGUAGAUAUUCAUUUUUUUCCAUCUACUGCACACUUCUCACUUGAUCUGUGAAUAUAAUCAGUAUUCACAUGUUAGUGAGUAACAGUGUUUGGGAAGCAUGGAAACCAGCUGGUCCUCGGGGGUAAAUGAGCGGUAUUACUAUAUAUUGUUACAAAUGAGGAAACCUAAUGGAAAGGGGAGAUUGUUCGAAUGAAUUUUGGAAAUUAAAUUGAGCUGGACUUUUCCUGACUGUGGGUCCUCUGUUGUUUUUGGCGGUUAUUGCUCUUAUUGUCUCCACAAUUUGAAAUCAUGUAAACUGUCGGAGUGUUGACAUUGUACCAUCCACUUUUCGUUUGUGAACCUGACUUCAGUGGCAGCGGACUUUUUGUUCUCAGAUUCAGAGAAUGAAAUGCUGCCUAACACAUUAGUGAAUUUAAUACGAAGUGCGUGUUGUACAUUGUUGGCCGGCUUAAACACUAAUCCUUUUAUUGUAAUCGGAUAAAGUUUAAAAAGAAAUAAACUCUAUUUUGUGUUAAAGAAAAUCCUGUUCAUAUCAGAGACCUCGUGGACCAGCUAAGAGCGAACUCAUUUUGGUUCUAGUGCCUGAGGAAUCUCAUGCAAAGAAACAAAUAAAUAUAUUCAAAUGUAAGGAGAGAGAGGUACGCAAUGGCCUAUAGGACGUUCCAAUAGAAUUUGGAUCCUUUUCCAAAUAUAGUCAUUUUCACAGCCCAAAGUGAUGACUCUGACAGGUCAUAAAAAGUUUUGAUUGCUUCUUACAUAGUGUAAAGAAAAUUAGUUUUAAAAUGUACAGAUAGUAUUGGUCACCUUAUCUAAUAACCAAUCACACAAUCUCUGUUUGUGUCGCUAAGAACUAGAAAUUUAUCUCAUUUGAAGGCUUAUCUGUAAACAUCUGGAGAAGAUUCAUCUGCAAGUUUAAUUCUGUGGAGCUAGUAGGAGAAGUUUGCAGUACAUGCUGUAGCUGGAAAAUCCAUGAGUAACAUUUUUUAACAUGAUAAUAUUUGCUGAAAUACUGCCAGGGCCCAUAGUUACCCCACCCUUUACGAACCACGUGCUGAUAAUGACUGAACCCCUUUGUUUCUGUGAUGUCUUGUAUGUAGCUAUUCAGAACAGAGACCAUGCCGUUCUUUACUGGAUCCCAGCAUUGACUCCUUAACGUACCAGCCUGGCAUCAUUUUAACCCCAUCUCUGCUGAAGUUUGAUCACACAAGGAGGGCUGUAUAUUUUAUUUCUGCUGAUGAGCUAUUUUGAACACAAGGAGAGGUCGUGAGAUUUUGAGGGAUUUGGCUCCAGGCCUGGAUUGACCCUAUUAGAGCAAAACGGGGUCAAAACAAAGGGACACUGUAUGUGUGAUACGAACAGCCAGGGAGUGGGCAGUGGAGGAACUGCAGAAAUCUUAAUUAACCCUUUGUACUAUAGUAAAGCUUUCUGCAGAUUAAUUUAACUCAUCAUUUGCUUGUCUACUAACAAAACACCCUUUGUUCCAUGUCUGCCUUCCCAUGUUCCCAAUACAAGUGUGGUGUAUUUUGCAGGGCUCAGAGAGAAAGACAAAGAGUUAAUCAUCAAGGUAUUUGUUAUAAGAGUCUCUAUUUAUUAGGCUUAACACAACAUACCUCUGCACUUCUUGUUUUUUGCUUCAGAUUGUCAGGAUCACAAUGCUAUAACCUGUAAUGGACAGGACGGGGAGGAUGAAAGUAAUACAAAGACCUUAGACCAUCGAUCUAAUGAAACUAACUGGGGUAUUGGCAACUCCUAGGUCAGGGCUAGGCAACCUUCAGCAAUCCAGAUGUUGUGGACUACAUAUUCCUUGAUGCUUUGCCAUCAUUAUGGGAGAUGUAGUCCACAUCUGGAGUGCCAAACGUUGCCUACCCCUUUUCCUAGAUGGUUCAAACAGAGGCAGAUAAUCUGACAAUGCUGACUUAUUUUUCAUUUAUGAUGUCUCAUGUAUGCCCCUGCUCUUCCCUUUUGCCUUGUUAUACAUCACCGUAGAAGACAAUGGUCCCUCAUAUCAUAAUUUUCCCAGCUGAUUGCUUCAUAGCUCAGUUUCACUCUCCACCCCUUUCAAUCUUCAUAUGUUGCCUCAUAACUGCAGGCUUUAAGCUUAACAAGGUCCACCGUUCAACCGAAUGGUCAAUGCAGGUUCUCCAAAAACAGCAAGGUUUUCCCAACUAGUACUGGUUUGAGUAUGGGCUUCAUGGACUACCAAACCUGGAAUUAUAUCUCUGUACUACACUGCUAAUAAACAAUCUUUAUUGAAAAACCAAAAAUCAGAUCUAUAAUGUUCAAUUCAACUUAGAUCAUUCUUUCCAUUAGGACUGGGAAACAGACAAAUGAAGUUUGUGAUAGGCUCUCUAUAACAACAACUUCUUAACUAUAAAGAUAAUUUCCUGUAACCUUGAAUCAUGGACGUUGGCUGGAAUUCUGUGGACUUUACCUUUCAAAAUGGGCAAAAUUGGAUCUGAAAUUAUUUUGAGAAAAAAACCUGAGCUUUCUACUACUAUCAACUAAAAAUUACCCCAAAUGGGCCCUUUCAUUUCAACACUGAGUUGGGCUGUUUAUUACAUUCUGAACUGUUGGAAGUUGAAAUCUAGGCAGUAAUAAGCAAACUGUGACUAAACUAUAGCGAUGUAGAAUGCAGUUUCUGGGAUCCCUACUCUCUAUGGUCUUCCAGCAUUUACCUAAUGUUCUCUUUCUUGAUUUUCCAAUAUGUCCUAAAGUUGAGGUUCAUUCAAUAACCUGUGAGUUGAGACAAUCUUUAGGUCCAAAUAGCUGAGCUGACGAGAUAAGGAACUGUGAUGUUGUUCAGAUUUGUCUUUUGUGACCUAAAAGUGUCCACAAUUCCCUUUUGAGUCUGUCACAAUUCCCAGUCUCAGGAUAAUCAUCUCUCUCUAUUAUUUAUUAUAGACCUCAAUACCUGGUCCAGCUUUCACUCCUUCUGACACACAUUCUUCUGCAUGAGAUAAAGUCCAGUAAUUCUGUGUCCAAUUUCUAAAUCUAUUUAACACAGUGACAGUGUUCUUUAGUCCUAUAUUUAGAAAAGGCUCAUAUAAUAUUUAUCCACACAAACGCAAGGAAAAGGAGACCCUUUCUGUGCAGAAAUCAGGAUGUUGCUUUUGAUAAUAGAUUAUAUAUUUACAGGUGAGAAAUUAAGUAUUUAAUGGGUUUGUAUUAGAACUUGACCUAAGCAGUGAGAUUACUGGAACCCAUGAAUAUCUAAUUGUUUUAAUUGCCCUUGGCUGAAACUAAUUGAUGUUGUUUAGAUGAUACUGAGAAGAUCUGAGGUCCCUGCAAUAAAGUACAAUAUUAAUAACAAUAAAAAUAUAAAGCCAUCUGUUGUUUGGCAUUUGCUAAGUAUAAUCACGGAUGUUAUAUUUCAUAAACGCAUAGUGAAUUUCAGUGGAGGCCUCUACAGACUUCCACUGCAGCCAUUGAGUUCUUAUCAGUAAUACCAAUUUUUAUCUUAAUUCAUUCUUUUACUCCUAAAUAGUGACACAACCUGCUUGCAAAGUGUAAGCACCAGAAUUAGAGUAGGUUAAAAUCACUGGAUUGAAAGUCAGAACGUUUUUGUAAACUUGUUGCUACAUUGAUGCAACAGAACAUUCCGUCUCACAGUACAAGAUUCUAUUGUUUGCAGUUCUUCCGUACCUCCGAUGGUUAACCCCCACACUUACAAUGCGUUCUCCUUGUGGGGUGUAGCGAAGCAAAUAAAGCAAUUCUCUCUUCUACUCGAUCCUCGUCACCACACGAUAUUAGUACUGAUACACAAGGUCUAUCUGAUGUAGUUUAGCUCUGCAUUGAGUGAAGUUACUUUUGCCAUUUUUAAUUUAGAUGACUGUAAACACCCCAGUGAUAGGUUUCUUGUUGACAUAUGUUUUAUGUGAAUUAGAGUGAUGUAAUAAUUUAAAUUAAGCUGUUGUUUCUAAUGUCACACGCGUUGUAAUAUUGUCCCAAGAGCUGCCAAAAAGCAAGAUUAUUUGAAAAAUUCCACCCCACGCCCAGUUUAAUCAUUCAAUCCUUGAUGUGUGAGGGUUAACUUAUUAACAUGUUGGCACUGCCAACGUAACAGUCACAGUGGUGUGUGCUUAAACGCAUAACCCGUGGGUUUCUGUUGUGAAUUUCAAGGCAACCGAAGCUAACUUUUUUAUUGUUUACGAGCAAAUAGGCAAAUACAAACCGAUUCCAAAAAGUACCGAUUGGAGCAAAAGGAUAUUUAUAGAUAAGCACUUCAUGCAAACAGUGCAAUAAAAAUCCACACACCAAUCUCUGAGCCCAUCCCACCAAACAUCCCAAGGAAGCAGUGAAACGACACAUUGUAUCAUCGAGCCACUGACGGACAACAAGGGAGAGUGGGAAGCAUAAAAAUAGAUGGAACGAGAGAGAGAGAAUAGGAGGAUAAGGCAGAUUUAAGGCUUCUGUAAAAGGACGAGGCUCAAUAUUCUGCUUACGCCUUGAAGGAAGAAGACAGAAAGUGGAGAGGCAAAAAAGGAACUUUGAAGAAAAAAAGAGUAGACUUGGAGUAGGGAGACAGAAGCUCUUGGAGCGUAAGUUAUUUCAUGUGUGUGUCUCACUAAAUAUCUAUCUCUUUGUACCCAACCCUACCCCAUGUUAAGCUUCCCCAUCGAUCCUACCCAUUCAGCCCCAUUUCCCCUCUCUGUUGAGUAAGACUGAUUUCCACUUGUUACAUGAAGAAUUAUGAAGGUUUAGGUCAAACAUAAAGAGACAACGUUAUUUUUCAGGUAGCAGGCGGUGCUUUGGAUACUGUUGUAACAUAAGGUGUUUACUAAUCCUGUUAUUUUCAGCAUUUUACACAUUAAGCAACUAGUGAAAAAUAAUGGUCUAAUUAGUCAAAUUACAAUCCAUUAAUUGUCAGAGGGAUUAGGCUUGUGUAAAAGAGUGGGCCCUGAAAUCAGGGGCGGAUCCUGAUGAGCACCACGAAGGACUGACUACUGCCCAAAUUUAGAUAAAAAACACAAAAAAAGCAAAGUAAGAAAUCCUAGAAAACAGACAAUAUGUCAAAGGCGAUUUAACAACUUUCAUGUAUCCAUCCUCGUAAUAACUGAAUAACUUGCUGGUUUUAACACUUUAGAUGCUAAUGUAAUGCAUGAUGGAUGGUGCAGGAAAAUACGCAGUCUCACUUUAUAAUCAAUGAAAGAAAGGUUUAUAAUGGAUUGAAUGUGGGAAGCGCUACCCUAGCUAUAGAGAUGUGCAUAGCGGUGAAAUAUAUCACAAGACAGAAGGACUGAAGCAGCAGUGUGUGUGAUGCAUAAAUGGGAAAACAGUAUUUAAUAAUAAAUAACAGGAGAGGCUGAUUGACAUGUUUUCUUGCUUUAAGUCAUUUUCUAUUUAUCAAGUUAGUGGUACCCACAUAAGUCCAUCCUUGCAAGAGCGCUGUCUUGGUGUUAUACUUGAUUCUGGCCUCUCCUUUGAGUCUCACAUCCAGUCUGUUACCAAAUCCUGUAGAUUCCAUUUUAAAAACAUCGCCGGCAUCCGCCCCUUUCUUACGCAAGAUGCUACAAAGGAGCUUGUCCAUGCUCUAGUAAUUUCCUGCAUGGAUUAUUGUAACCCUCUCCUGAUUGGUCUUCCCAAAAGCUGGAUUGUCCCUCUACAGUCUGUAAUGAAUGCUGCCGCCAGACUGAUUUUCCUCUCUAGUCGGUCCUCUCACACCUCUCCCUCUGGCAGUCCUUAAAUUGGCUUCCUGUAUCCUAUAGGAGUCAAUUCAAAGUGCUAACCCAUACCUAUAAAGCAUUGACCAUUCUAGCCCCUCUUAUAUCUCCUCACAGAUCCAUAGGUAUGUCUCUUCUCGGUCUCUCCGCUCUGUCCGUGACCUUCUCUUGCUCGCAUCAGUACGGCCAACUCACGCUUGCAGGACUUCUCGCGGGCGGCUCCCUUCCUAUGGAAUAGCCUGUCCACCGCCAUCAGACUUCAAUCCUUUAAGAAGUGCCUUAAAAUCCACCUCUUUAGAGUAACCUCUACCUUACAUACCUGUCUCUACUCUCUCCUCCAGCUCUGCUUCACUCCCACCCUAUUUGAGUGAUAUUUCCUGUCCUAAUUUGUUUUACACCCCACCUCCUAUAGACUGUAAGCUCAUUUGAGCAGGGUCCUCUUCAACCUAUUGUUCCUGUAAGUUUUCUUGUAAUUGUCCUAUUUAUAGUUAAAUCCCCCCUCUCAUAAUAUUGUAAAGCGCUACAGAAUCUGUUGGCGCUAUAUAAAUGGCGAUAAUAAUAAAAAUAAUAAUCAUCAAGCUCCGUGGUGCUUGUAUUACAAGUACACAAAUGUUUGAGGUUAUGGCUAUGUUUGAAGAGGUUCUCCAGUUGUUAGUAGCCACAUUAACCAAUUGAGCUAUCUUAUGGGCUGCAUAUCUGUUUAGUGUUUAUGUGGCACUGUGACUAGAAAUGAAUUAAAUAUAAAGGUCUCAACGCUAAAACUGGGCAUGAAAUUCUAUUCUGUGUAUUGGAACUAGGUCAUCUCUAGAGAGUUCAUGUAAACCUGGGUCCUCGAUGAAAAGAAAUGAGUUUGAAGACCUGACCAUGACUUUGGCCCAGAGAGGCUUUCCAUGUUGCCUCCUGAGAUGGGUCUUCAUUUAGGUCCAUGAGGUCACAACUUGAGACAUCUUACGGACAGUUUCCUCCAUUACGUAAUCCAUAUUCUAGGAUACCAUGAGUCAGCAGAAUAAAAUGAACUGUACAGAGUUAUAUAUUACACUUGGAUAUGUUGGGGAGAGAGAAAGGGAUUGCAGCUAAGUUAUAGGUUUUUUCAGUUGGACUAUUUUGGUCUAAAACGUUCACCACCCUGGUUAUUUCUCAAAGAUUUCCAGUUUAUUGUCUAACCUUGUUAUCGAAUAAGUGCCAUGGAUUGCCACAUGGAACCUUGUUAUUGAAUAAGUGCCAUGAAUUGCCACAUGGAACCUUGUUAUUGAAUAAGUGCCAUGAAUUGCCACAUGGAACCUUGUUAUUGAAUAAGUGCCAUGAAUUGCCACAUGGAAACUUGUUAUUGAAUAAGUGCCAUGAAUUGCCACAUGGAACCUUGUUAUUGAAUAAGUGCCAUGAAUUGCCACAUGGAACCUUGUUAUUGAAUAAGUGCCAUGGAUUGCCACAUGGAAACUUGUUAUCGAAAUAAGUGCCAUGGAUUGCCACAUGGAACCUUGUUAUCGAAUAAGUGCCAUGGAUUGCCACAUGGAAACUUGUUAUCGAAAUAAGUGUCAUUGAUUGCCUCAUGGAACCUUGUUAUCGAAAUAAGUGUCAUUGAUUGCCUCAUGGAACCUUGUUAUCGAAUAAGUGCCAUGAAUUGCCACAUGGAACCUUGUUAUUGAAUAAGUGCCAUGAAUUGCCACAUGGAACCUUGUUAUUGAAUAAGUGCCAUGGAUUGCCACAUGGAACCUUGUUAUCGAAAUAAGUGUCAUUGGUUGCCUCAUGGAACCUUGUUAUCGAAUAAGUGCCAUGGAUUGCCACAUGGAACCUUGUUAUUGAAUAAGUGCCAUGAAUUGCCACAUGGAACAUUGUUAUAGAAUAAGUGCCGUAGAUUGCCAACCACGUAGAAUCUAAUGGGAGUCAUGCAUCUGCUAAUGUUAGUGUUUGUAUAAGUAUUUAUCAUGUCACAUCCGGUGCUUUCAAUCACCAUGCUUGGCUCUCCGGGGUUCCCCACCAGGACCUCAUGGCACCUCAGCGAAUCUGGACAUUCUCCAUUAAGGAAGCGGACAAAACCUGAAUGGCUGAUAGCCUGAGCUGGGAAUCUUUGCACUUAAUUAAAGAGAUUCAAAUUAUUCUAGAAAAAAGCCUGAAAGCUAUGCAAUAUUUGUGUCUGUAUGUAUGUAUGUGUCUAACACUGAAAUAAACUAAAAUCAAACACAAUACAUAGAACCUCAUGCCAUGUCAGACAAUAAAUGGUUUUAUUUUUAUAUAUGAAACUCGUUUCUCCUAUUUAGGGGAUUUAAUGUCUUUAUAUGUCGGUCACAUCAGGCAUGGCUUAGCAGAGAAAGCAUACUGUAAGGCCCAUGUGUGGGAUUCGAAGCAUUAUAUUGAUCUUGUACAACGAACAGUAUACACUGCUGGACGUGGCUGGACACAGUAGCAGGUUCAGCAUUGUAGGUUCAUGUAAUGGGGUAUAUUGCAUUUAUUGGAUAUUUCGUAUUAUACGUUCUGAUCCCACAUUGCAUUUCAUAUGCUGCAUGCGGAGGUUGAAUAUUAUAUUAUGUUACAAUGAAUUCAAUUGGUAAAUGUGUUAAGGUGUGAAAUCACUACGCUCCAGUGAUAGAAAUAUCUCCAUCUCUGACAUCAUUAUUUUAUUUUAUUUGAAGCCUGCGUAAAGGGAACAUUUUCUCAGUUGUUUCAAAAUGAACGAUUGCAUUUUAUGAUUAAUUUAACAAUAUCUUCUGUUCGUACGGGUCAAUCAUGCUCUUGUGACUAUUUCUGAGUCUGUUUUUCUCUUAUGUUGAGAAAAUUGAUUCAGAAUAAAAUACUUUGGUCCACGGCCAUCUGGACAAAUCUCCCGUUCUCACCCUCUGCACCAGUAACAGUUAUUACUAGUAUGUAACCCCACCCUGUUCUCUAACACUCCUUACACUGACUGUAAACAGCUACCCAAGCCAGUGUAACUCAACAAUACUGGUUUCUGACAUUACUAUACUGUCAGUGCUCAAAUUGUGAGGUUGUACGUUAAUAAAUAAACUAACCCAUAAUGUUCAUGUGUAAAGAUUUACGCUUGUGUGUGUCUGUCUGUUUGUGUGAGUCUACUUGUGUGUGUGUGUGUCUGCCUGUUUGUAUGUCAGUCUCUGUGAGUGCGUCAGACUGUUUGUGUGUCUUUUUGUGUAUGUCUGCCUGUUUGUUUGUCAGUCUUUUUGUGUAUGUGUUUGCUUGUUUGUGUGUGUUUAUAGCUGUUUGUGUGUGUGUGUGUGUCUGCCUGCUUGUAUGUGUGUAUAACUGUUCAUGUGUGUGUGAAUGUCUCUACCUCUUUGUGUGUGUCUGCCUGCUUGUGUAUGUCUCUGCGUGUUUGUGUGUGUCUACCUGUUUGUGUAUGUCUCUGCGUGAUUGUGUGUGUCUACCUGUUUGUGUAUGUCUCUGCGUGUUUGUGUGUGUCUACCCGUUUGUGUAUUCCUUUUUCUGAUCUAUGCUUUCUCUUAUUUUGUCUCUUUCCUUGCUUAUCAUUACAUGAUGCCCUCAUGACUAUAAUGUCUAUAUAUUGUUGUAAGUAAAGCUUCUAAUUUCCUUUUUACUAUAUAUGCUACCGUGCUUACCUCAUCCACCAGUACAAAGAGACGUCUGUUAAUAACUCCUGUUCGAUAUCUAACUCUAUGGUGCCUUGUUAUAACACCUUGUCAGAGCCUAAUCCACUGCUCUGGACUCAGAAAAGUAUUUUCUGAUCUCCUAAUAGGAUUUAAAAUAACAGUAAAUGGAAAAGAUAUUUUAACCCCUUAAGGACCGCAGACGUACUAGGUACGUCAGACAAAAAACGGUCCUUAAGGACUGUGGACGUACCUAGUAGGUCCGCGGCAAAUAUGAGCGCUGGAAUCGAUCGUGAUCACUUUCAGCCGCUCUAAUGGUAUUGCAGCAAUGCCUCGAUGUUGAGGCAUCCUGCAAUACCUCUCCUGACUGCCAGGCCGCUGAGCGAUCACUUCCACGUUUCCCAACGUGGUGUCCGGCAGUGUAGCAUAGCAUCGGGCGCUAUCGGAGGGGGGAGAUUAAUACAUUUAUUUAUUUUUUUUUUUUUUAUUGAUUUUACGUAAGUCUUCACUGAGUGCCUGCAGCCAUGUGACUUUCAAUAUGGCGCUGCCUUUCUAGAAGCAGGCUAGGGUCAUCCAACCAGAGCUUGCCCCUAUAAUAAUAUUUAUUAUUACUAUGAUCCCCAUUUGUCUGGUCAGGUCAAUAUUAGUAAAUAUUGACUCUGAUCAGUGUGGAUCUCCCUCCCUCUCUUCACUUGUGUUUUAGUGAGAGAGGUAGAUCUGUGUUUAGGCAGAGAGAUUUAGGUCGUUUUAUGUAGGGAUUUGUAGAAUUGUGAGACCCAAAGGCUGUUUUCAGAGCUAUUAACCCCUAUCCUGUCAGUGAUCACUUUUUUUGCUGUCUGUGCAUCUUUUUAGGGGUUCAUUUAUAUUAAUGACUUUUUUGUGUGACUGGUCACUAAAUAAAGUGAUUGUGAUCAUGUCACAGGGGUCACAGAGGUAUGCCAUCCAUGCGUUAGAGACUGACGCGUCUAUGUCAGACUCCGACCCUGAUUUUGACCCAGCCAGGUGCUCAGAUACAUCAUCACUAGAUACAGUGUCUGCUGCUAGUGAUGUAUCUAGUGAUGUUUUAUCUGUGCCUGCUAGUCCCCCUGCCAGAAGGAGACGUGCUGCUCCAGCUGGCAGAACUGCUGAGGAGUGGGUAGUGCCUCAUCGCCAGAGGCCAGAUAUCCCACCCUUCACUGCAAAUCCUGGCAUUAAUUUGGAUGUCACAGGAAUUAGCCCUCAGCAGUUUAUGGAGGUGUUUCUGGGCGUUGAUGUAUUGGGGAACAUUGUCGCCCAAACUAAUGUAUUUGCCCAUCAGUUCCGUUCUUCAAAGCCUGACUCUUUUUUGGCAAAGCAGCAAUCGGCCCACAUAGAUGUGCCAGAAUUAAAAAAAAAUAUGGGCAUUGACUAUGCUGAUAGGCAUCAUAAAGAAGCCCUCCAUCUGCUCCUACUGGAGCAGUAGCCCCAUCUGCUCUACCCCCAUUUACUCCCAAUGUAUGUCAAGGAAGAGCUAUGAAAUGAUUCUGCAUUUCAUGCACUUCAGUGACAACAGUUUGUGCCCCCCUAUCGAGCACCCAUGGGUGUCCACAGGAAUUUUUCGGGGGGGAGGGGGGCAUAAUUGUAAUGACAUCCAUGCUUGGUCCCUUUUUGACAGUGUCAUGAAGGGGAGGAGCAUAGUCAUUAUCACAUAAAGCCAGGGUGAAUAGCAUUUUCACAACUAUGGUGUCAGGAAUACAUAUUUGUAUUCUUGACACUACAAAGUUCCUUUAAGAAAAUUAAAGGAACAUUCUGAUCAUCAUAACAACUUCAUCUAAAUGAAAAUGCUAUGAUGCCAGGAAGCCCCUGGGUGCUCUCUUUUCUUUAAGGGGUUAAACUGCUCUCAAAUGGUUUACCCCCAAAGGCUUCCUCCAGCUCCAGAUCUCCAGGUCGCUCAGUGGUAUUUGGCUUCUGAAACGGAGUGUUAGGAAGUGCAGAUUGACAUAAGAAUUGGGUGCUAAAGAUUGGCUAGAGCGGUCAACUGACGCUCUAAGCCAAUCGCUAGUUCCCGGUUCAUAAAAUUUUUUUACUUUUUUAUCAAUGGGGAGCUACUGAUUGGCUUAGAGUGCCAGCUGACCGCUCUAGCCAAUCAGCGACACCCCUCCCCAGCGGCACUCUGUACUUCCUGACAAUAAAUAAAAGUGAACACAUUAACACUGAUAUUUCUUUACCUGGGGAGAUGAGAAGGUCCAAAGUUUCCCUGCCAGGCCCAGGUACCAAAGCCUUAUGAUGUGGUGUCCAGAAUAAAGUGGAGGGUUCACUUCACUUGUCCUUCCUGCUCCAAUCUCCUUUUCUUCUCCUUCAUUUGACACAGUCUUCUUUUUCUUCUGACACUGUCUUCUCUCCUACUUGGCUCCUUCUGCUCCUUUACCUUUCUGCUCCUUCUGAUUCUUUCUGCUCCUUUACCUUUGUGCUCCUUCUGUCCCUUUCUGCUCUUUGCAGACCCUUCCUUCUCCUUGCAGACUCUUCCUACUCCUUGCUGCCCCUUGCAGACCCUUCCUGCUCCUUGCAGACCCUUCCUGCUCAUUUCUGUUCCUUCUCCUACUUCACCUUUGUGCUCCUUCUGUCCCUUCCUGCUCCUUGCUGCCAUUGUCAGCUCCUUGCUGACCCUUUCUGCUCCUUCUACUUUACCUUUGUGCUGCUUUACCUUCCAGCUCCUUGCGGACCCUUCCUGCUCCUUGCAGACCCUUCCUUCUCCUUGUUGACCCUUCGUGCUCCUUGCAGACCCUUCCUUCUCCUUGUUGACCCUCCGUGCUCCUUGCAGACCCUUUCUUCUCCUCGUGGACCCUUCGUGCUCCUUGCAGACCCUUCCUGCUCCUUGCUGCCCCUUCCUGUUCAUUUGUGUUCCUUUGUGGUCCUUCUCCUACUUUACCUGUUGUGCUCCUUGCUGCCCCUUUCUGCUCAUUUCUAUUCCUUCUCCUUUCUGCUCCUUCUCUUACUUUACCUUACUGGUCCUUGCCAACCCUUCCUGUAGGCUGUCUCCCCCAUCCCUUACUUACCUGAUCUGUAGACUGUCUCUGCCCCCCCAUCCCUCACUUACCUGGUCUGUAGGCUGUCUCUGCUGGCUGUAUGUGUUGCUCCCCUGUGGAUUCAGUCAGAGAGAAACAGGGAUAAGAUGCAGCUUCCUAUCCCUAUCUCUCUCCAUACACAGCGCCACCUACUGGCCGGCGCCGGUAUUGCACUGUAUUUUCAAUCACAAAAAAUUGCAGAACAAGCUGAAAAAAAAAAAUCCAUGUGAGCAUCCCCAGUUUGACAGGCUGUAUAAAAUCCACCCCCUGAUUACCCACUUCGCUGCCAGGUUUGCAGAGGCUUAUACACCUGGAAGGAAUAUAUAUGUGGAUGAAUCCCUGAUGAAGUAUAAGGGAAGGCUGGGAUUUAAUCAGUAUAUUCCUCCCAAGCACUCCAGGUAUGGUGUAAAGGUGUAUAAGCUCUGUGAUAGCGAGAAUGGGUAUACUCAGACCUUCUGGGUGUAUGAGGGAAAGGAUAGCCACCUUGACCCUCCGGGUUGCCCAGAACAUAUGGGAACCAGUGGCAAGAUGGUCUGGGACCUGGUAUUCCCCCUGAUGAACAAAGGGUACCACUUGUAUGCUGACAAUUUUUAUACAAGUGUCCCUUUGUUCAAGCUAUUGUACUGUUUUGAUAGCAGCAGACAAUCAGAAACAACCGCGCAGGUUUCCCAGGACAACUUGCACGCACCCGACUACAAAGGGGGGAGACCUCAGCUCUGCGCCAAGAUGAGCUGUUGGCAGUUAAGUACAGAGACAAGAAGGAUAUGUACCUUCUUACCAGCAUCCACACUGAGAGGACUGUGGAGGUCUCUGUACGUGGCAGAGCUGAGAGCACAAGGAAGCCAGUGUGCAUCAAGGCCUAUAACCGGCAUAUGGGUGGGGUUGAUCUGGCACAUCAGCUGCUGCAGCCCUACCUAAUUAUACGAAAGACAAGGGCCUGGUACAAAAAGGUUGCAAUAUACUUAAUGCAGAUUGCAACCCACAACGCUUUUUUGUUGUUCAAAAAAGCAAACCUUGGAGUGAAACUGACUUUUUCACAGUUUUAACUCCAGAUCAAUUUGUGGAUUUUAUACCAAGAUGCACCUGCUCCCCGGGCAGUGAUGGGAGAGAGCAGAGUUGGGGCUACCCACUUUACUUUUAAAACCCCCUGUACUGUGGCAAAGCAGAAUCCUCCAAAAAGAUGCAGAGUCUUGUGACGGUACGCCGUCACUGAGUACCAUGCCCACAUGUGCCCACUCGCUUGCCUGCUUAUUGUUUUCAAGUCAUCGUGCUGGGGAUCUCCCCUUGUUUGCAAAACAUGUUUGGGCUUGAUUGGAAGAUUGUGCUUGUCCCAUUCUAAAUAUGAUUAAAAAAUGAGGCUUGAGUAUUGAUCUGUGGUUGGGUAUUGAUGUCUCUUUUGGAUGUGAUAUUGGAACACAAGUGUUUGUUUGCCCUCAAAAGCUGAUCAUUAACAUAUUAAAGGACUCCCGGUCUUGGAGGCAAUCAAGACAUAUGGCAAAUGGAAGAGUUAGUUUGUGCUGAAGUCAGACUUCCAGGCCACUUGUGUGUUACAUAGUUACAUAGUUACAUAGCUGAAAAGAGACUUGCGUCCAUCAAGUGUGUGACUUCUCACACCUGGCAGAGUGGCUCUGUUGGGGUCCCAGCUUCAAAGAGGAACUUGGGUUGUAAGCUCUGACCUUCCAUGCAAUCAGUUAACCCCUUUCAAAAUAUUAAAAUGUGUUGGUGGGGUGUUUGGAACUAUUGUAGAUUUUCCUGUACCUUAAAUGAAAGAGGUUUCCUUACGCAAUUAUCUCUCAGGCACAGAGGAUCUUGGGAGAAAACGCCUUACUGGGGACUUUGCAUAAAAAGGCCAUGUGUGGCCCUGAAAAAAGUCAGUCUACUCCCAACAUUAAGCCUCGGCUAAUGUGUGGGGAGAACAGAUAUACUGCUCUAUUUACCUGCUAUACCUGCUAUACUCUCUGUAGGAGAGCUCUAACCACUGGGAGCUGGAGGGAGCUGAAAGGACACCGUCUUUUACUGUCCUGAUUGCCCUGGACAGCCUGGGCUCUGCAUUGGGAACUGCUUCAAGCCACACACUGGUCUGUUUUUCUUUUUUUUUUUUGCCGUUCGAUUUUUGGGGUUUUUUUGUUACAUUUACUGCUCCUGAGUUUCUUUAUUUAGUUUUACUGCACCAGACUAUUUUGAUGAUCAAGUUCAACCUAUGCAUGGGGGGCAUGAGUGUAUUCAGGAGGCCUUGCAGAAAACAACCUGGAGUGUUUUCUUGCAAUAACCAACAACAGGCUCCCCUAUUUCCCACACUAAUGUGUGUGUAAAAAUUUAAAUUGAAAAACUACCACCACACAUUUGCUCCAGUUUUUUGACUAAAACAAUUGCAUCAAAGGCAUCAAAACAUUCCAUAUACAAUACCGUGGGGUGUCAAGAUUAUAUAAAUAAAAUUGGGAUAUCUGAAAAGGCCACCAAAAUGAAGAUACAUCAAAUUUGAAAAACAUAUGUCAGACGUUUGGCAUUGCACCCCCCAAACAACCCAACAAACCUAUGCAUAGGUGGUAUCACGUACUCAGGAGAUGUUACUGAACACAUAUUGGGGCUCUCUGUCAGUAACACCUAACAGGAGCUGAGAAUCCAUGUCUAAAGUACAAUGUGAGAGAAAAAUAACACAAAAAAAUGACUACCCAAAAGUUUGGCAAAGUUUGGUGGUAGAAUUAGUGCAUGGGAAGUGUUAAAAUACCAGCAUUUGAAAUACCCUAGGGUAGUCUACCUUUCAAAAAUAUAUGGUUUGAUGGUAAAUUACAUUGGCCGGCUUCAAAAAUGUCCCAAAUAGGACACGGAUGCAUGAUGACAGCUGUGAAAAUUCCAUGUUGAAAAACUGAAAGUUGCACCCUCCAAAUAAGGUAUUUUAUCCCUCAGAGAACCCGACACACCUGUACAUGGGUGGCAUCACUGUACUUGGGAGAUGUUGCUGAACACAUAUUGGGGUGUUCCUAUUAUUAUACACACCAAUUAUUCUUUUUUUUUACAUUGGCAUAGAUUGGUGGUAAAAUGGUUGCUUGAAAAGAGAUAAACAAAUACCCCAAGUUUAAUACCUUAGGUUGUUUUCAUUAAAAAAUAUAUACAUGUGAUGGGUUAUUCAGGGAUUACAAUGUAACUUUCCUUAAUUUUUGAAAAAAAAUGGUUUGGAAAUAGCAAAGUGCUACUUAUACUUAUUGCCCUAUAACUUGCAAAAGAAAGCUAAGAACAUGUUAGCAAAAUGUAGAAACUAUUUAGCACAGAUGCUUUUUGGCAGUUGUAGAUGCAUAACAGAUUUUGGUGGUCAAAGUUUGAAAAAGUGUGUUUUUAAAAGAACUUUCAUCAUAUUUUAUAAUGUUUUUAUAGUAAAUUACAUGAUAUGAUGAAAAUAAUGGUAUCUUUAGAAAGACCAUUUAACGGCGAGGAAAACGGUAUAUAAUAUGUGUGACUACAGUAAAUGAGUAAGAGGAAAAUUACAGCUAAACACAAACACCGCAGAAAUGUAAAAACAGCCCUGGUCCCAAACAGUAAGAAAAUUGAAAAACAGUCUGGUCACUAAAGGGGUUAAGUCAAAAAAAUUGUUAUGAUAAAAACACAUGAUGUUUUUACAGUUAGAAAGUGGACUUUUAUUCCCAUAUUUAGAGAAAUGCCAGACAUUAUCUGGACUGUAUCUUGUUUGUUAUAUAAUAAGUGAAAAAUCAUGACAGAGUCACAUGAUUUCAAUAUAUAUAUAUUUUUUUUAAAAAGACUGGUUUGGAACCAUUUGGCUAUAAUCAGCUAUACUCAUAGCGUGGCUAUUUUAGCCCUAAUUUUGCAAGUUGGAUUUCGGUCCAAUAAAAAUCACUGCUUAAUCCCUUAAUGUUGGUAUGCGUGUAAACAUGACUACCUGGGUCUGCACCCAUAAGUCCACAAUCGUGUAUAUCCAAAUUACAAUCAUUGCAAAUGAAAUGUAUUCAUUGUAAACUAAUUUUGUUUGCAAUAAUUGUGCUGGGAGCAGAGUCGGUGCGACAUUUCAAGAGAUAGUUAGUGAGGAAGAGACAGUCCCACAGAGGAAGGCACUAAGUCUUGUUUUUCCAAUUAUUUAAUAUUUUUGGCUAAAUUUGAAAGAAUAUUUCAUUAAAAUAUUGAAAUAUAAAAAAAAAUCAAUAAAAAAUAUAUCAAUAUAUCAAAAAAUAUUAUUUUUAAAAUAUAUAUUUUUCAUAACAUUAAAUCAUUUAAAAGUUUAACCAAAAUGUUUUAAAAGCUUGUCCAACACGUUUAAUUUCAAGGCCUAAGUGGCCAGUGGGAAAGCUCGGAUGAGAAGGGAAUGGACAUUGUGAGAAGGACAGAUUUGCUGAGAAUGUUAAGGAGUGACUUCAUCGAACUGCACUGUACGGUAUGAGGACAUCUAUAGACAUGGAGAGUGCGUGUGCAGAGGUGAAUGGACAUUGUGAGAAGGCCAGAUUUGUGAAUUCAUCCAGCUGCACCGUAGGGUAUGGGAACAUGGAGAGUGCGUGUGCAGAGGUGAAUGGACAUUGUGAGAAGGCCAGAUUUGUAAAUUAAUCCAGCUGCACUGUACGGUAUGGGAACAUGGAGAGUGUGUGUGUAGAGGUGAAUGGACAUUGUGAGAAGGCCAGAUUUGUGAAUUCAUCCAGCUGCACCGUACGGUAUGGGAACAUGGAGAGUGCGUGUGCAGAGGUGAAUGGACAUUGUGAGAAGGCCAGAUUUGUAAAUUAAUCCAGCUGCACCGUACGGUAUGGGAACAUGGAGAGUGCGUGUGCAGAGGUGAAUGGACAUUGUGAGAGGGCCAGAUUUGUGAAUUCAUCCAGCUGCACCGUACGGUAUGAGAACAUGGAGAGUGUGUGUGCAGAGGUGAAUGGACAUUGUGAGAAGGCCAGAUUUGUGAAUUCAUCCAGCUGCACCGUACGGUAUGGGAACAUGGAGAGUGUGUGUGCAGAGGUGAAUGGACAUUGUGAGAAGGCCAGAUUUGUAAAUUAAUCCAGCUGCACCGUACGGUAUGGGAACAUGGAGAGUGUGUGUGCAGAGGUGAAUGGACAUUGUGAGAAGGCCAGAUUUGUGUAAAUUCAAUUCAUCCAGCUGCAGGCCGUCCAGCUGGGUAUGGGAACAUGGAGAGUGUGUGUGCAGAGGUGAAUGGACAUUGUGAGAAGGCCAGAUUUGUGAAUUCAUCCAGCUGCACCGUACGGUAUGGGAACAUGGAGAGUGCGUGUGCAGAGGUGAAUGGACAUUGUGAGAAGGCCAGAUUUGUAAAUUAAUCCAGCUGCACCGUACGGUAUGGGAACAUGGAGAGUGCGUGUGCAGAGGUGAAUGGACAUUGUGAGAAGGCCAGAUUUGUGAAUCCAGCUGCACCGUACGGUAUGAGAACAUGGAGAGUGUGUGUGCAGAGGUGAAUGGACAUUGUGAGAAGGCCAGAUUUGUAAAUUCAUCCAGCUGCACCGUACGGUAUGAGAACAUGGAGAGUGUGUGUGCAGAGGUGAAUGGACAUUGUGAGAAGGCCAGAUUUGUGAAUUCAUCCAGCUGCACCGUACGUGAAUGGACAUUGUGAGAACAGAUUUGUGAAUUCAUCCAGCUGCACCGUAGGGUAUGGGAACAUGGAGAGUGCGUGUGCAGAGGUGAAUGGACAUUGUGAGAAGGUCAGAUUUGUAAAUUAAUCCAGCUGCACCGUACGGUAUGGGAACAUGGAGAGUGUGUGUGCAGAGGUGUGACAGAGGUGAAUGGACAUGUGUCAUCCAGCUGCACGAGUUGUAAAGAUCAUUGUCCAUUAAUGCACUGCGUACCGUGGGAACAUGGGAGUACAUGGAGAGAUGUGUAAUCCAGACAUUGUGAGAAGGCCAGAUUUGUACCAAUUCAUCCAGCUGCACCGUACGGUAUGGGAACAUGGAGAGUGCGUGUGUAGAGGUGAAUGGACAUUGUGAGAAGGCCAGAUUUGUGAAUUCAUCCAGCUGCACCGUACGGUAUGAGAACAUGGAGAGUGUGUGUGCAGAGGUGAAUGGACAUUGUGAGAAGGCCAGAUUUGUGAAUUCAUCCAGCUGCACCGUACGGUAUGAGAACAUGGAGAGUGUGUGUGCAGAGGUGAAUGGACAUUGUGAGAAGGCCAGAUUUGUAAAUUCAUCCAGCUGCACCGUACGGUAUGAGAACAUGGAAAGUGUGUGUGCAGAGGUGAAUGGACAUUGUGAGAUGGCCAGAUUUGUGAAUUCAUCCAGCUGCACCGUACGGUAUGAGAACAUGGAGAGUGUGUGUGCAGAGGUAAAUGGACAUUGUGAGAAGGCCAGAUUUGUAAAUUAAUCCUGCUGCACCAUACGGUAUGGGAACAUGGAGAGUGCGUGUGCAGAGGUGAAUGGACAUUGUGAGAAGGCCAGAUUUGUAAAUUCAUCCAGCUGCACCGUACGGUAUGAGAACAUGGAGAGUGUGUGUGCAGAGGUGAAUGAAUGAUAGUGGUUAGAGGACAAAGUCAUUUCUUGAAACAGACAGGAAAAAACUGAGAGAAAUGAAAGUGGAGAUUAGAGGAAAUGUGACAGCGAUCAAGGGAGAGAUUGUAUUUACUUAUUUAUAAAAUGUUUUAAUAAGUGAGAUUAUACAGCAUACAGUGAGAUUUCCCUCAUUUUAGAGUGUGUCCUGAGCCCUUUAACACAGCAUCCUCACAAUAUAAUAUUAAAAUAGUACAAUAUAAUAUAAAUACACACAAUAUAUAUAAAUGUAACAUAGAACAGGUAGGAAAUAUAUAUUCAACCAAGACACGUGCAUUCUGUUUUGAGGUAUGUAGAGAGGGAUCUCUUAAAGGACUUUAGGCUUGGGGAAGAUUUUAAAGUGUGCGGGAGGUCGUUCCAUAAUUGCGGCGCUCUGUAGGAAAAGGAGGAUCGGGCCGCUUACCUCUUUGAGGUAGACUAAAUAAAGUGCUGGUACUGGAUCAGAGCUUAAAGGAGGUGGGAACAGACAAGGAGAGCAUUCUGCUCAGGUAGGGUGGGAGCUUCCCAGAAAAGCUCUUAAAAACAAGGCUGGAAAGAUGAAGGGUGUGUCUGGAUUCCAGCUUAGUUCUUUUAGCAUGUCACAAUGGUGGGUCCUGUAAUUACAUUGUAGCACAAAGCGGCAGAACGAGUUAUACAAUGUAUUCAGUUUAUUAAGGUGGGUUUGCGGUGCAGGUGCAUAUACUACAUCCCCAUAAUUAAUUAUUGGCAUUAGCAUUCAUUAUGCAAUCUACUUCCUUUACUGUAGGGUUUAGGCAGGAUUUGUUUCUGUACAGGGCACCUAGUUUUGGAUAAAGAUAUGAUGAGCGUUUUUCAAUGUUAAGGCCAAAAGAUAGAUUUGGGGUCUUGCAACAUUCUAAGUAUUUGAAAAGAAUGGAUUUUCUGAUACACAGUUGUUGAUUUUGUAAUUUGUGUAAUUUAGGUACUGCUCCAAAGAUCAUUGGGACAGUUUUGUCAGUAUUUAGGAAGAGUUUUAUUUUUUGCGAUCCACUUUUCUACUUAUUGCACUGGCCCUGACCUUCAUCUACCUCCGUGUGUCUUAAAGGGGAACUAACCUGGAGUGUUAUUAUUGUAUUAAUUUAUAAAAUGUGUUACCAGGAAGGAUACAUUGAGAUUUCUCUCAUUUUCAAGUAUGCCCUGGGGCCACUAACACUGCAUCGUUACAAUAGGAUACAAUAUAAUAUUAAGAAUACAAAGUGAUCUUAAUACACAGCACAAAUAUAACUUUUACACAGAACAGGUAAGAAAAGAACUAUAAUAAGCCAUGAUUACAGGCACCUUCUAUACUGAGAUAUGUAGAGAGGAUUUUAGGCUGCGGGUAGAUUAAUAAAUGUCUUUUAGGCCAAGAUAAAUUAGGUCACAGAUGUUGGGUGAGGGGCACAUUGAGAGCACAUGCCAGGAUGGUGAUCAGACAAUGAAAGGUGUGUUAGAGAAGUUACAGACACCUGGGUAUGUUGGAAAGGUGAGGCCGAGGUGUCACUGUUUAAGGUCCACAUUCUAUUAGAUGAUACAAAUUAUAUCUUGUGUUUAAAUUGAAUUUAUCGUGUAGACAUCAAGGGAGAAAACUGUUAGUUAAAUAGAAGCGAAAAGCAAAUCUUUAGCAGAACAUUACCCUAUGUGUAAACUCCUGACCGACUUGGACUAUCUUCAUUUGUACUAUGUUCAUUACUUGUUUGUAUUGAAAAUAUGAUAUUGUUAUUUAUGAAUAAAAACAUGAUAUUACAAGCAGAAAUGCUUUUAUCUGACUCCCCCUGGUGGUUUAAUCUGGAAUGUUCCCUGGUACAGCAAGGUUGGUAGAGAUUUGUACCGUAGAAUUAGAAUUGACUUUUGAUAAUAGAUGCCAUUUGUUUAAUUUCCGAGUACUGCUACUCUAAUAUAUCUUUGUAGAAGCUAGCCCCUCUGUUUUCUUUUUGACACUUGUAAUAUAAUGAAUGUAUCCCUAUUUAUUUAUAGCUCCAGGAUUUUUAAGGAAGCUAUAGGGGGCAGUAGAGAGCGGCCCAUUUCAGAAUUCAGACUUGCAGGCUUGGAAGAUGGGUUUAUUGGCUCAUUUUAACAUUUAGAGACAGAAACGAACCUCCCUUUCCUCAGUGGAUACAAUUUGCAAAAUAAUAUUUUCAGGUGGUAUUUCAUAAGGGAUUUCUGAGUCUUUUAUGUAAACAUUUUAUUCCAGUUUCUUCUAAAUAUAGCAAUUAUUUUUGUGGAGUUUCACCCACAUAUUGUGUGUGUGACGGACUGCCUGCCACCCCGACUGGGUUCCUCCGUGAAACGAUGCUCCUAGUGCUCGCUAAGCACCAUCAGCACCGCACUCAACACCAUAACCACCACAAACACCACAAACCGCCGCAACUUGGUUGUGGUUUCGCUGACCUCCACCCACCCUGGACCCAAGACCAGGAUCCAGCUUCCAGAGGGUGAACCUCUCCUAAAUCCAGAGAGCAGGAACAGGAACAGCUCUUACAAGAGCUAGUGAUUAUACUCUGAGGAGUAUAGUGAUUAUAGCAAUCCCCAGAGUGUAGUUCUCCAAUCCCUCAAACAUGAGCCAAGACUUCAUGAAGGGGUAAGAAGGUCUGUUUAAUGGAAGGCAGCACUCACAAUUUAUACAAUUCCUCAGGCCAGAGACACACCCCCUGGACCUGAUGGAACACAGGCACACAAAGGAUACAAACCAAUCAAAACAAUAUAACAAUGUCUGACACUCCCACAUACACAGUAAAUUCCAUCCCUUCUAUCCUGGAGAUAAUUGGCUUAAGUAACCGUAGUGAACUCAAUUAUCCCCAGGUACAGAAAAUAUCUCUGAGUUUACAACUGCAACAAAACACAUUAAAAUACAUAACUUAUAUUCCAUAGAACUAAACCCCCACAUUUGACCUAUACCCCAGAUAGGGUGAAUCUGAGUGCUCAAUAUAUCCGAACAGCGCUCAGAUCCCAUGAACAUAGUAAAAUCGCCAUGGGGUUCAAGUUUUGUGGGAGUCUCUUUGGACCGACCACAGCAUGGCUUUCCUGCCCAAAAAAGUUCCACAGAAUUUGGCUGUGCGGCUGGUCUAUUUCCAAUGUUAAAUGCAGUUCAAAUAGAUGAACCGCAACCGUUCGUGCAAAUGUCAAUGUUAAAGUGACGUUCGAGUUGUCAAACGGUGUUCGACUCCAGUCGAAGUUCAGAGAAGGUAAAGUUUCAGCGGUGUUCAUGCCGUUACGUGUCCGAUUUGUGUUCCAUGAACUCGAUAACCAAACACCGCUAAACGCGGUCGACUGAAUUAAAAUGGCUGCCGCCACGUGUUCGUAUUUCGAAUGGCGGCCACUUCGACUACUUCGGCACUUCAGCUAUAUCCGAAGUGCCAUUUCAAAGGUGCAGAACUGCUCCAAUAUAAUUUAAAGGGGCAGACACAGUAUUUUAAAAUCCAAUAUGCCCAAUUAAAGCUUUUAAAGGGCAAUACAUCCCAGGGGCCAUAGUCACAGGCCAAGAGGCUGGCAAGCAAGCCUCUCUAAAUCCCAGUGAUGAAGGUUUGUCACAGUGUGUUGGUGGUGAAUUUCACAAAACUGCUAUUAUUAUACCACAUCUGUGUUCUCAGGUAUAUAAUUCCUCCAUGAAUUGUCAGUCGUGGGAUCAGAUUGUAGGCGGCUUUUUCGUUUUAAUUUGAUGAUUAGCUGAACCCAUGGGUGUUUUGAUGUGGAAUAGCCAUAAAUUCAGAUGACCUUAUCAUGUCAUACCAUCACAAAAGCAGUCCUUGUAGGCUAUUUUACAUGCCAUGUUUUACCCGCUAAUAACAUAAUUAUAAUAUAAUAUGGUUUACGCAAUGUUUGCACAUAGUUCACUUUGAAGGCCAUUAAGGUUGAUGUUUUCUGUUUCUUUAGUUUCCCAGUUAUAUUCAACUUCAUGCUAUUAUUACUAUUACUGGUAUUUAUAUAGCGCCGGCACAGUCCGUAGUGCUUUACAAUAUUAUCAAAGGGGGAGAUUUAAAAAUAAAUGAGACAAUUAGAAAAACUUACAGGAACAAUAGGUUGAAGAGGACCCUGCUCAAACGAGCUUACAGUCUAUAGGAGGUGGGCGUAAAACCCAACAGGACAGGAAAUAGCAAUCAAACAAGGUGGGGUGAAGUAGAGCUGGAUUAGAGAGUAGAGUGCUGCCCUUUAGGAGAGAGCAAGAGACAGGUAUGUGAGGUAGAGGUUACUCUGGGAGGCCAUAAGCUUUUCUAAAGAGAUGGAUUUUGAGGCACUUCUUAAAGGAUUGCAGAUUAGCGGAGUGUCUGAUGGGGUAGGCAGGCUAUUCCAAAGGAACGGAGUCACCCAUGAGAAGUCCUGCAAAUGUGAGUUGGGUGCGAGCAGCGGACAGGAGGUGGUCAUGGGCAGAGCGGAGAGACCGAGAACCUAUGGAUCUGUGAAGAGAUAUAAGAGGGGCUAGAAUUGUUCAGUGCUUUAUAGGUGUGGUUUAGUACUUUGAAUAGACUCCUAUAGGGUACAGGAAGCCAAUGUAAGAACUGACAGAGGGGUGAGGUGUGAGAGAACCGAGCAGAGUGGAAAAUCAGUCUGGCGGUAGCAUUCAUUACAGACUGUAGAGGGGCAAUACAGCUUUUGGGAAGACCAAUUAGGAGAGGGUUACAAUAAUCCAUGCGAGAGAUUACUAGAACAUGGACAAGCUCCUUAGUAGCAUCUUGCAUAAGAAAGGGGGGGAUGCGGAUGUUUUUAAGGUGAAAUCUACAGGAUUUGGUAACAGACUGGAUGUGAGGGUCAUAUGUGAGGCCAGAAUCAAGUAUAACGCCAAGACAGCGCGCUUGCAAGGAUGGACUGAUGUGGGUACCACUAACUUGAAGGGGGAGUAAAGGAGGAGCAUUAGUAUUAGGAGGAGGAAAGAAAAGAAGUUCAGUUUUAGAGAGAUUGAGUUUCAAAAAGCGGGAGGACAUCCAGUCAGAGAUGGAAGAAAGGCAAGCAGUGAAACAUUGGAGGACGGCAGGGGAGAGGUCCGGGGAGGAGAGUGUCAUCAGGGUCAUCAGCGUACAGAUGGUAUUGGAAUCCAAAUGAAGUAAUAAGUUUGCCAAGAGAGGCAGUAUAAGGAGAAAAUACAAGGGGACCAAGUACAGAGCAUUGGGAGACUCCAAGAGAGACACGACGAAGGGAGGAGGUAUUACUAGAAAAGGAGAUACUGAAUGAGCGUUGGGAGCAGGCCCGGACUGGCCAUCGGGCAAACUGAGCACAUGCCCGGUGGGCCAUGAUGGCCAUGGGCCGAGGCAUGCAGGAAAGAUCAAGAGAUCUCUCCUGCCGGCCCACGCAAGGCAGCACCGGCCCAAGAUGGAGUUCGAUCCCAUCAUGGGCCGGAGGGGUGAUCGGGCAGUGAGCCGGUCACCCUCCAUGCAUGCAGAGCAGCUUCCUUCUAUCCCUCUCGUGAGCUCCGAGAUUAUCAGAGCGUUGCCAUGGUAACCCACGGCAACGCUCUGAAAAAUUGGUGCUCGCGAGAGGGAGAGAGACAUGGUCUGUACCCUGUGGGGUUUACCUGUCACUGGACCACCAGGUAUGUGAAUGCUCCCUCUCCCCCCUGCAAAGUUAAAAGGGGAGAGUAAAUGGAAUAAUUUUUGUUAAACUUUUUUUUUGUUUAUUAUUAAAUUAAUACGUUAUGGCCAUAUCAUCCACUAUAUACACCCCCAACUAAACAUACAAACACACUACACACACACACACACCGCACCCCCUGCACUAACACACAAACACACUACACACACCGCAACCCCUGCACUAAAACACAAACACACUACACAUACUGCACUAACACACAACACACUGCACCCCUGCACUAACACACAAAUACACUGCUCUAACACACAAACACCCUGCACUAACACACUGCACCCCCUGCACUAACAUACAAAUACACUGCACUAACAUACACAAACAUACUACACACACAGCACUAACACACAACACAGUACACCCCCUGCACUAACACACAAACACACUACACACACUGCACCCCUGCACUCACACAAACAUACUGCUCACCUGCACUAACGCUAUACACACUACACCUCCUGCACUUACACACAAACACACUUCACACACUCUCUAUACCCCAUAUUUACACACACUAUACCCCCGGCACUCACAUACACACAUUCUAUACCCCCUAAACAUACACUACACUCCCUGCACUUUCAUACGUUAUGCCCCUUUAAACAAACACAUUACACCCCCUGCAUGCAAACACAUUAAUUUAUAUCCCCGAUAAAUACAUAUUCUGCACCCCCUGUACACACUACACCACCUAUGCAUACAUUACCGCACCUAUGCACAUGUGCUCUACAGCUCCUAUAUGCAUACACACACUAAAGCCCCUAGAUACACUCACAAACACACAGUACAGCUCUUUACAUGCACACACUACAUCCCCUAGGCCCACACACUCCACAGGCCCUAUAUAAAUACACACACAGACACACAAACACACACACAUACUUUACAACCCAGAAACACACACACUACAGCCCGGAGCCACAUGCAGUACGCCACAAACAGACCCCUUUACAAACAAUACAACACAAAUAGUCUGUUCUACACACAUGCAAUCUCUAAACAUAUACAACAGCACAGGGAACAUCCCCACACAUGCACAACACCUUAACAGCCCUGUUCCUGUUUUGAUCUCUGGUAUCCCACUAUUGAGGACACCAGAGACAAAUCGCCAUCAAACGCAGUGCAUGCUUACAUUGCACAAACUAUCACCCCCCCCACCACCACCACCCUCCCCCAAAAAAACCUUACUUCACCCAAGAGCACUGGAUGCUCUGGAGGAGCGUGACAUUAGCAUACUCAUUUGGUGGGGGGGAAGGGGUGUGCAUAUCAAUGGUGGUGACAUGACAUGCCCCCUUUCUGACCCCGCCCCUAAUAGUGGGCUGCUCUGCCUUUAAUUGCCCGGGCUGAAUUUUUGUCCCAGUCCGGCCCUGGUUGGGAGAGAUAGGAGGAAAUCCAAGAGAGAACUGUGUCACAAAGACCGAGUGAUCGAAGAGUUUGGAGAAGGAGAACAAGGUCAACAGUGUCGAAGGCAACAGAGAGGUCACAAGCCUCUGCUAUUGUGUAAAUAGUUUAUACUAAGUGACCCAUAGGUUGAGGAGGCGGUGGAGGAGGAGGAUGAGGUAGCCAACACUGUUAUUUAUGUUUUUUUUUUUUUUAAUUGUGGUAGCCCACAAAAUAUUGGGACAUACAACAAAAUAAACAUUUGCGCCCUGCGGUGCAUUUCUUGCAGUCCUGAUGCAUGGAGAAAUGCUCAACUCCUGAUGCAUGCAGAAAAGGCCCUCACAAGCCUCUACUUUUGUGUACAUAGUUUAUACUAAGUGACCCAUAGGUUGAGGAGGCGGUGACCGUGGCGGUGGAGGAGGAGGAUGAGGUAGCCAACACUGUUUCUAUGUAUAUAUAUAUAUAUGUAUUAAUUGGGUUAGCCCCCAAAAUAUUGUGACAUAUAAAAAAAGACAACUCUGUUCCGCAGAGUAGCUGUUGACAUUAUAGUUGCGCAGGAACUUUGUUGACUCUAGAGAACCUCGGGCAAAUUGCACAUCCCCGUGGCGGCGACUUUGCAUGCGGAUGUCAUCUGUAUCAACUUUCCAUGCUAGUUUCUGCGCCUACCAUGGUGACCACGGGUAACGGGGAAUCAGGGUUCCAUUCCAUACAGGUACCCUGAGAAACGGCUACCACAUGCAAGGAAGGCAGCAGGCGCGCAAAUAAGCCACUCCCGACGCAGGAAGGUAGUGAGGACAAAUAACAAUACAGGACUAUUUAGAGGCCCUGUAAUUGUAAUGAGUCCACUUGAAAUCCUUUAACUCUGAUCAACUGGAGGGAAGUCUGGUGCAGAGCCACUGACCCAUGCGUGCUGCAGCUGAAACUCCACUAUCGCCUGCUGCCAGGGCCGCCAUCAGGGCAUGACAACCAUGACAAUUGUCACGGGCCCGGCGGCCCUGGGGGGCCCGGCCGCCCGGGCCCCAUGUGGAUCAGCGGAACUGCCGCUGGUGCAUCUGCACUGGGGCCCACACGCUGAUGGGGCCCAUCAGGUGGCCCAAUCAUUUAGGAUCCUCGGGCAAAUUGCACAUCCCCGUGGCGGCGACUUUGCAUGCGGAUGUCAUCUGUAUCAACUUUCCAUGCUAGUUUCUGCGCCUACCAUGGUGACCACAGGUAACGGGGAAUCAGGGUUCCAUUCCAUACAGGUACCCUGAGAAACGGCUACCACAUGCAAGGAAGGCAGCAGGCGCGCAAAUAAGCCACUCCCGACGCGGGAAGGUAGUGAGGACAAAUAACAAUACAGGACUAUUUAGAGGCCCUGUAAUUGUAAUGAGUCCACUUGAAAUCCUUUAACUCUGAUCAACUGGAGGGAAGUCUGGUGCAGAGCCACCGACCCGUGCGUGCUGCAGCUGAAACUCCACUAUCGCCUGCUGCCAGGGCCGCCAUCAGGGCAUGACAUCUGCCCGGGCCCCACGUGGAUCAGCGGAACUGCCGCUGGUGCAUCUGCACUGGGGCCCACACGCUGAUGGGGCCCAUCAGGUGGCCCAAUCAUUUAGGGUCACCCAAUGGGCCCUAUUAUCUUAAGGGGCCCGAUCAGCAUCGUAAUAGCGUAACCGGGCCCCUUUAAAAAAAAAUUUUUUUUAAAUGCAGCCGAAAGCAAGUGCUGCUGGGAGGAAGUGACGUCCGGUCACUUCCUCCCACUUUACUCCGCGCGGGAAGGAGGGCACCUGAGGAGAGGCAGCCGAUGCCCAUUAUCCCCAGCCACCCUCCUGCGACGAAAUGGUAAGGAAGAGAGGAGGGUGGCUGGGGAUGAGGUGUAUGUAUGCCAGUGUGUGUGUGUGUGUAUGUAUGCCAGUGUAUGUAUGUGUGUGUAUGCCAGUGUGUGUAUGCCAGUGUAUGUGUGUAUGUAUGCCAGUGUGUGUGUAUGCCAGUGUAUGUAUGCCAGUGUGUGUAUGUAUGCCAGUGUGUGUGUAUGCCAGUGUAUGUAUGCCAGUGUAUGCCAGUGUGUGUGUAUGCCAGUGUAUGUGUGCCAUUGCAUGUGUGCCAGUGUGUGUAUGAAUGCCAGUGUGUGUAUGUAUGCCAGUGUAUGUAUGCCAGUGUGUGUAUGUAUGCCAGUGUGUAUGUGUAUGCCAGUGUAUGUAUGCCAGUGUAUGCCAGUGUGUGUGUAUGCCAGUGUAUGUGUGCCAGUGUACGUAUGUAUGUAUGCCAGUGUAUGUGUGCCAGUGUAUGUGUGCCAGUGUAUGUGUGUAUGCCAGUGUAUGUAUGCCAGUGUAUGCAUGUAUGUAUGCCAGUGUAUGCGUGUAUGUAUGCCAGUGUGUGUCUGUAUGUAUGCAUGCCUGUGUGUGUCUGUAUGCCUGUCAGUAUGUAUGUAUAUAUCAGUAUGCAGUAUGUGUAUGUAUAUGUAUGUUUGUCAGUAUGUAUGUCUGCAUGUAUAUGUGUGUGUGUGUGUCAGUAUCUCCCUAUGCAUGUGUGUAUGUCUGUUUCAGUAUUUGUAUCUGUUAGUGUGUGUGUAUUCCUGUGGGCGGGAUUUGGAGUCGGGCUUGAAGGGGGGCCCAGACCUUGAGCUGUGUUAGGGGCCCCAAAAUUUCUGAUGGCGGCCCUGCCUGCUGCUGCUCGCGCAGUCUCAUGAGGCGGUGAGCGGGAAGGCCGAAGUUACGCUGCAGCGCAGACAGGUGAGCAGCAGCAGGGUGACAACGCCAAAAGCGCGCACAGCCACUACAGUGAAUGUCACAUCCUGUUCCAAGUUGCGGAUCAGUCUGGUGAUGGCUUCUGGUAUCAAGUACUCUUUUUACUGAAGCUGCAUCAGGGUCCUGGUAUGUGGCCGUACAAACGCUGGUGCUCAACACCAUGGGGCGUGCGGUUACCCUGCACCAUACCCUGAUAAUCCAUUCAACACUGUGACUCCUAACGUCAACAUCAGGCAUACUGGGUCCCUGUCGUCCGACCGCCACCCAGAUAGUGUCUGGGUCCUGGUCACCGGACUGCCCACCUCACUGUGAAACUACGAAUGGAUCGUUAAAUCUGGUACGAACCCGAACUUUGCAGUUCGGGUUCACUCAAGUCUAUUAUGGAUCCUUUGAUCGCUACAUGUAUUACUUGGAUAACUGAUAAUUCUUGAGCUAAUACAUGCCGACGCGCGCUAGGGGAGCUAAUACAUGCCAACUAGCACCCUUUUGCACCAUGCUCCCUCUUAUGCUGUGCUGGUGCCUCUGUGCGACCAGCGCCUCUUCCUCCAAACUGCACACGUCACUCGCAUGAACUUGAUUCCAUGUGGGGUCUAGGACCUCAUCAUCCUCCACAUCAUCUAUCACCCACUCCUCAACCCUGCCCUCCUUGCCGGUAUGCACACUGCAGAAAGCCACAGCAGUUGGCACCUGUGUUUUUCCAGCAUGUAAAGUCUGCAAAGGACAUAUGGAAAUUGUUUUAGAAUUUCCUCCAGGCAACAGUUUUCCGUAUAAACUGACCUCUUAGUUUGACUUGUGAGGGUAUUGCCCCAGAAUUACAAUAUUGUUGAAGUACCUCUUAGCUAUUGAUCACUGGUUUAAAUAUAGCAGCUUGUUAUCUGGUAGUUUCUAGUGUAGAAAAUAUCAAUCUGUUUUCUAUCGUUUAGAUCUGUGUAACAAGUAUUUGAGGUGUGAAACAAUAUUACAAGUGACCGAUGUAGUAAAUUCGAAUCAAAGUUACGCUUCGACUUGACUCUCAGAUAUGAAGUGAAUACCCCAAAUAUACUAUUUAGCACCAAAAUAAAAAAAAUUACUUUUUAAAACUCCAAUGUAAGCAGCAGAUUAGCAGCAAAACAAUUAGAAUGUUUACCACUGCGCUGUAAGCGCACUAUUUGACGCUUCUAUUUGACUCUCAAAUAUGAAGUGCACCGCAGGCCCCAAAAUUUACUAUUUAGCAGAUUAGCAGCAAAACAAUUAGAAAAAAAUUUAAGUUUUAAACUGAAAUGUGACAGCAGUAUUUGAUGCUUCUAUUUGACUCUCAGAUAUGAAGUACACCGCUGGCCCCAAAUGUACUAUUUAGCAGAUUAGCAGAAAAAACUAUUAGAAUUUUUACAACUGCGCUGUAAGCACACUAUUAGACUCUUCUAUUUGACUCUCAGAUAUGAAGAGCAGGCCACAAAAUGUACUAUUUAGCAGAUUAGCACCCAGAAAAUAAGAAUAUUUACCACUGCCCUGUAAGAACACUAUUAGAUGCUUCUAUUUGACUCUCAGAUAUGAAGUGCACACCACUAAAAUACUAUUUAGCAGCUUAGGACCCAAAAUAUUUUAAGUUUUAAAACUGAAAUGUGACAGCAGCAUUUGACGCUUCUAUUUCACUCUCAGAUAUGAAGUGCACCCCACUAAUGUACUUUUUAGCACCCAAAAAAUGUUAAGUUUUAAAACUGCAAUGUGACAGCAGUAUUUGACGAUUCUAUUUGACUCUCAGAUAUGAAGUGCCCCCCACUAAUGUACUAUCCCACUAAUGUACUAUUUAGCACCAAAAAAAAUUACUUUUUAAAAUCCCAAUGUAACCGCGGUAUUUGAAGCUUCUAUUUGACUCUCAGAUAUGAAGUGCACUAGUUUGCAGAAUUCUUUCCUAAGCUGUCCCUAUCAGCGGCAGCAUCCUCUCCCUACACUAAUAAGACCUCAUGUGAGUGCGGCGCUACGCGACUCCAGCUUAUAUACAGAGGCUGGGUCACAUGCUGCACUGGCCAAUCACAGCCAUGCCAUUAGUAGGCAUGGCUGUGAUGGAUUCUAAGGGCACACAAGUCAAAUGCUUGUUGAUUGGCUGCCCUGCAACCUUUCAAAACGCGCCAUUAAAUCGCCGAACACCGAACUCCAACCCGAACAUACAGUGAUAUGUCCGUGUUCGGGUCCGGGGUCCAAAAAACCUAAUGUUCGGUACGAACCCGAACUUUACAGUCCACCUUCGCUCAACUCUACCUUACAGAAAGCAUUUACCAGCUGCCAUUAAGGUAAUUAGUGAAUGAUGUUCCCUAUAUUUUGACUGUUAAACACAUCCAAUAACAUUUAGACUGUACAUAUAGCUUGCUUCUGGACAUACUGCACUUUCUCUGUUAUUGCAAAAAAAACUCCCAGACUUGAAGCUAAUCUGAACAAGGUCCAUUAUAGCUCGUGUUGUAGAAUUGGAGGCAAACAUACUGUGCUGCCAUCUAGUGGUAAAAGUGUAAAUAGACUAAAUUUACUUUACAACGAAUGUGAAAAAUUCUUCUUAUUAUUAUUUAUAAAAUGACAACAAAUUAUACAGCACUGUGCAAUGGGUGGACUAACAGACAAGUAUUUGUAACCAAACAUAUAUUAGAACAUACUGAAUAGCAAUACAAAUACAUUCAGGAACUACAGUCUUUAAAAACAGGUCAGAUGGACCGAAUGAAUUCUAUACUUUUAGAAAUAGUCUCUUAAAUGUUCUUUUUUAUUUUUUUAUUUUUUUGUGUGUGUGUUUUCCUCUGUCUCAACCUAAUAGAUUGAUUUGAUGUCUAAUUACUGUUUUAAAAAUUAUAUUUUAGACGGUUAACAUAUCUUUGUGUUCUUUUCUGGUAUUGGAAUUAGAUUUAUCUCAAAGUAAGAAGAAAAGAAUGUUUGAAGAUUUAAAAGGAAAAGGAGACCUCUAGAAAUCAUCUAACCAUUAAAUGUAAAGAGAUACAGUGAAAAUGGAAAAACGAGGAGUAUGGAAGCAAAGAUGAUCAGAGAGAAAAUGUCAGACAAUGAAUAGCAGAUUUACUGCAGCAAGGAAGACAGUUUGAAAUAAGAAUAAUAUGAAGUGAACAAAUAGAAUACAAAUAUAUGGGAAAGUCUUGAAACAUGGGACUUUGCACCCACAUAGCUGUUGGGAUUGUCUUUUUCUGGGGUCUUUUAGUUUUAUGCCAAACCCAUCGUGCGCGACGCCCUCCGAGGUGGAAGUGUCCUACAUCCUGCAAUUGUUCCAGUGAUAAUGUCCUAUGUGAUGGUGUCCCCUCCAUACCAAGCAGCUACUCCUCGGACAUCAUCUCAGUGUAAGAGUUCCUAAGGCAACUGACCGCCACUUCUGACUAUAAUCUGAGAGACGCUUUAUUGUAAGGUAUAUCCCAGGUAUCCAGGCUCAUCUGACGUCCUACACCUGAAUGUACUCUAUUGCCCUGAACAUCCCCCUGUCAGUCCAAAUACAUGAUUACCUACCUAAGAGUCCACAUGCCUCAUUACCCAUGUGAGGACCUAUAAACAUGAAUGUACCUCAAUUUCCUGAAUGGCCACCAGACAACAAUACCUACCUAAUAAAAUCUAUAUACUUGAAUAUCCACCUGACAGUUAAUAUCCAUGAAUGCCUACCUGCAAGUACUUAAGCCUGACUGUACACUUGCCUGCCAAUGUGUGCAUCCAUAGGCCUGAAUGUCUAUCUAACAUUAAUUUAGGUUAAUGCCCACCUAAAAACCCAUACAACUUAAUGUCCAUUGGAUAGUUUCUAAAUACACAUACCUGCCUGACAAUCCAAAAGUCUGUAAUCCCAAAUGAUGCAAGCCGAGUUAUAAGCCAUACCCCGACAUGUUCUAAGCCAUACAUUGCCAUGUUAUAAGACAUACCCCUGAAUGUUUAUGUUAUAAGCCAUACCCCUGAAUGUCUGUUAUAAGCCAUCCCCCGCCAAGUUCUUAGCCAUACCCCUCCAUGUUAUAAGCCAUACCCCACCAUGUUAUACGCCAUACCCCUGAAUGUCUAUGUUAUAAGCCAUACCCCACAAUGUUAUAAGCCAUAUCCCUCCAUGUUAUAAGCCAUACUCUGCCAUGUUAUAAGACAUACUAUGCCAUGUUAUAAGCCAUACCCCUCCAUGUUAUAAGCCAUACCCCUGAAUGUUAUAAGACAUACUCCGCCGUGUUACAAGCCAUCCCCCGCCAUGUUAUAAGCCAUAUCCUGCCAUGUUAUAAGCCAUCCCCCGCCAUGUUCUAAACCAUACCUCGCCAUGCUAUAAGCCAUAUUCCGACAUGUUAUAAGCCAUCUCCGCCAUGUUCUAAGCUAUACCCCGCCAUGUUAUAAGCAUCCCCCGCCAUGUUAUAUGCCAUACCCAGCCAUGUUAUACGCCAUACCCCUGAAUGUCUAUGUUAUAAGUCAUACUCUGCCAUGUUAUAAGUCAUACCCCACCAUGUUAUAAGCCAUACUCCGCCAUGUUAUAAGCCAUACACCGCCAUGUUAUAAGCCAUCCCCCGCCAUGUUAUAAGCCAUACCCUGCCAUAUUAUACGCCAUACCCCUGAAUGUCUAUGUUAUAAGUCAUACUCUGCCAUGUUAUAAGUCAUACCCCACCAUGUUAUAAGCCAUCCCCCGCCAUGUUAUAAGCCAUACCCUGCCAUAUUAUACGCCAUACCCCUGAAUGUCUAUGUUAUAAGCCAUACCCUGCCAUGUGAUACGCCAUACCCCUGAAUGUCUAUGUUAUAAGUCAUACCCCACCAUGUUAUAAGCUAUACCCCACCAUGUUAUAAGCUAUACCCCGUCAUGUUAUAACCCAUACCCUGCCAUGUUAUCAGCCAUCCCCCGCCCUGUUAUACUCCAUACCCCACCAUGUUAUACGCCAUACCCAGCCAUGUUAUAAGCUAUAGCCCACCAUAUUAUAAGCCAUACCCCGCCAUGUUAUAAGCCAUACCCAGCCAUGUUAUAAGCCAUAUCUCCCAUGUUAUAAGCCAUACCCCACCAUGUUAUAAGCCAUACCCAGCCAUGUUAUAAGCCAUAUCUCCCAUGUUAUAAGCCAUACCCCACCAUGUUAUAAGCCAUACCCAGCCAUGUUAUAAGCCAUACCCCACCAUGUUAUAAGCCAUCCCCCGCCAUCUUAUAAGCCAUAUCCCACAAUGUUAUAAGCCAUACCCAGCCAUGUUACAAGCCAUACUCUGCCAUGUCAUAUUGAUUGGCCUUGUGAAUGCCAAUAAAACCUUCACACGUAAGCCAUGACAGAGUCUUUGUUGAUUAGUUUUAAGCUGCCUUAAUAAAAUGCUGGUGAUUCAUAAUAAAUGAAUGUUGUUAAUGGCUGCACAUACCCCUGGCCCCUGGUGCACAGAAUAGAUUAUCUCUGUCUAUCACACAGUGUUAAACAUGGACAGAUUGUGCCUGAAUUUCACCAUGAGACAUGUAACUGGAAAUCUCCGAGCAUGUAACUGGCCACAUUGUACACAGAAAUUAUACCAAUUAUAUCAGUGUAUACCAAUUAUACCAAUCAUACCAAUUAUACCAGUUUAUAUCAAUUAUACCAGUUUAUAUCAAUUAUACCAAUCAUAUCAGUCUUUAUACCUGUUUAUACCAAUUAUACCAGUGUAUACCAGUGUAUACCAAUUAUACCAGUGUAUAUCAGUGUAUACCAAUUAUACUAGUUUAGCAGUUGCUUUAGCAUCAGCUCCUGUAAAAGUAAUUAUAUAUUAAAGCUGUACCCUCACAUAGAUUAUACAAUGGCUCACACUAAACCAACCCUUUGUAUCAUGGACGUUCAGAUAUAUCGUCUUUCUGGAACAUUUUAUUUAUUUUAUUCAUAGUGAUAGAAGGAGAGUUUGAUUAUCUUUUACUGGCCUGUCUUAUAAUGCAUUCCUCAUCCCUCCGGUACAGAACAAAUCAUGUGACACAGUAACAAAUGAAUGAUUCAUUCACACGCUGAACAAUUUGUCAAGAGAAUCUGUGAAAUAAAUCUUCCAAUAAUUUCCCAAGAUGACAGGAUUGAUUUAUUGUCACUGCUGGCAGACACAUUGUCACCUUUGCUCUGCCAUUGCACGUUACAGUCCUUUCCUUGACAUAAGAGCAGAUGAACGAGAGGACGGGCAUUAUACAAACACAAUCAUUUGACAAAUUGCAGAUCAAAAGCUUCUCAUUCAUUGAUGAAAGGAUGGUUGUUGUCUUCUCCCGCACCGCCACCUAGUUUAAAACAUAAUAGAAUAGAAUGGACAUUACGUUCCUUCCAGCCAAGGCAUUGGAUGAAGAGUAUGAUGUAACAUGAUGUAUAAAAUAAUAUCUAAUGCAAUAUGCAGCCUGCUACUUUCAACUGGACAUUAUAGUCUAUUGCAAACUACUCAGUGUCUGCUCUGGGCAUUCGCCAACCAUGGAGACCCUACACAAAACGUGUUACUGGUCCCCCUAGCCCAAAUCAGUAUUGAACUGCCUCCUGUUUUCUAGAGCCUUCUACUAUAGCCCUGAUGGAUUCUUGUCCUACUUCCCCUUGCAGAAGAUAGAUAGAUAGAUAGAUAGAUAGAUAGAUAGAUAGAUAGACAGAGUAUAGAUAGAGUAUAGAUAGAUAGAUAGAUAGACAGACAUAUGAUGGAUAGAUAGAUAGAUAGAUACAUAGAUAGACAGAUAGAUAGAUACAUAGAUAGAUAGAUACAUAGAUAGACAGACAGAUAGAUAGAUAGAUAGAUAGAUAGAUACAUAGAUAGACAUAUGAUGGAUAGAUAGAUAGAUAGAUAGAUAGAGUGUAGAUAGAGUAUAGAUAGAUAGAUAGAUAGAUAGAUAGAUAGAUAUAUAGAGUGUAGAUAGAGUAUAAAUAGAUAGAUAGAUAGACAGACAUAUGAUGGAUAGAUAGAUAGAUAAUAGAUAGAUACUGUAUAGAUCGAUAAUAGAUAGAUAUAGAAUAGAUAGAUAGAUAGAUAAAGUGUACGUCCUCCCCACAUUUUGAGGUUUUCACUAUCUUCUUCACCUGUGUAGAGUCUUGUCCAACAUCCUCCCCCCUCGUAGAGUCUUGUCCUACAUCCUCCCCCCUCAUAGAGUCUUGCAUUUCCUCUUGCCCCCUUUCAUCCCCCAUAUAGACUGAAUUAAAUAAUUUCUUUACCAUCUUCCCCUUGUAGAUCCUUUCCAUUUUUUUAUAUUUUGCUGCCUCCUGCCACCUUGAUCAUUUUUUAUUUUAUUAUCUCCUGCCCCUUUUCAUUUACAAUUACUUGUAUGUUUUCCAGAAAUGCUUUAAAAAGGAAUUCAAACAACAUGGCCUUGAUUUAAUAUUUUUGGAUACGCUUUUCAUAUAAUUUUAUAUUUUUGGAUAAACAUUUAAAAUGAUUUAAUAUUUUCAAAUAUAUUUAAUACUUAGAUUUUUUUUAUAUAUUGGUAUAUUUUAUAUAAUACAUUUCUUAUAUUUUAUAAAAAAAUAAAAAAAUUUAAAAUGUAUCAAAAAAUAUUUAAAAAAUGUAUCAAAAAAUAUUUAAAAAGCUUAUUCUAAAAUAGUAAAUUAAGGCCACAGUUGGAGUAAAUCUCAGAGGUUGAACGUUAAUUUAAAAAUCAUCUAAAUAUCUUAAAUAAAAACCUCAAAUUGGAACAUUAUUUGGUUCUGCUGUCUGUCAGUGAUGUCAUUAUGUCAGAAAGCCGCAAAGAUAAAAUGAUAAUGUGUUAAUAAGUAAUUUAUGUCUUCCACAGAUCUUUUAGAAGAUGUGUCUUUACCCAUAUCCCACCUGGGAGUUUCGCUCCUUCCCAAACCUUGCAGAUUCUGUAAGAACUUGUGUUUUAAAAUAAUAUUUAAACCUACGGAGUACAGAAAGUUGCCGAUUGCCUUUUUUGUUCCAGUCUGGCUUUAUCCGUUAAUAUAUAUUAAAAUAUAAUAAAUUAUAAUAUCUGAUUGACCGUAAUUUGCUUUUUAAUGUAUUUUUUUUAGUAAAUAAGUCCUUUGAAAUAUAGUAAGGUCUAUUUUGGUAGCUUAAACUCUGAUUUAAUAUUUUUGGAUAACUUUUUCCAAAUAGUUCAUUUUUGGGAUAAAUGUUUAAAAUGAUUUAACAUUUUGAAAAAUAUUUUGAUAUAUAUAUAUAUAUGACAUAUAUAACUUAUACCUUAUCCAAAAUAAAAUAUUAAUGUUCUCCUGUGUAUGUUAUAAUACCUACAGUGAAUGAAAACAAUUAAAGUGGCUGUAUUUAGGCCACAAUAUCUACAUUGUUCAAUUAUCAUAAAUGCUACAUUUGGCUAUUCUACUAACUCUGUUAAGUGAAUAAGGCAAUGCAGCUUUCCAAUAAUAUAGGAUUACUUAUACAAAUAUAUCACUGCUACCAAAAUAGUUUCUUAUUUUGCUGGGUGUGUAGUAUUGAGCAAUCAACUGAAUCUGUCAUUUUUUACAUUUAAAUAUCAUACUUUUUGCAUUCCAGGAAUUUUAAUAGUUUGUUGUGUAUGAUUGAAGUUUUAUAACAUUUUGAAAAAAAAUUUUUGUGAUCUUUUAGAUAUUCAUUUGUUUUGUCUUUUUGUGUGUGUCUUUUCUUUAUAUUUCCAUAUAACAAUAUAUAUUCUCUUCAUAUCAGGAUAAAAGCCGGUUUAUAAAGGAAGUUUAUUCACAGACAAAUAUUUUCUUCUUUCCGAUGGUUUACGAAAUUGUAGAAUGUUUAAGUGUGGGUUUAGCACAACUGAUUAUUUAAUGUUAAAGUGUUACUCCUACCUCCACGACCAUUUCAGCUCAUUGAAGUCUGUGUUUCAGCUUGACGCAUUGCACAUACAGAGAUAUCUUCAUUUUUGUGCUGGGAGCUAGCUGCAUCCCCAGCUCAUGUGACUUGGGCCCGGAACGCUGCCUUAUGUCAAUUCUGUGCAUAUUUUACAUCUGUCGUCAGGACAAGCUGCCUGUAAUAUAAAGCCCUCCCCUCCUCCCUAACAUUUUAAAGAAACUGGAAUAAUCCUUUAAUAAUUCUGAUUAUUAGUAGGAUUUCAUAUUGAUUUGAAAGUAACGACAGUGUUAUAAGCACAUAUUGUCAUCUCUUGAUAUCUGUGCAAUAUUUCAUGUAUUUCUGACAUAUCUACGAUUUAUUCAUAGAUUAUUUACAACAAGUACCUUUGAUACAAUUGCUGAUGACGCAUUUCUAGGACUCAAACACUUGGAAUAUUUGUAAGUCAUGGAACUUGGAUUCACAAACCAAAUUUAUGUAUUAUGCAAUUAUUAAGUAAGAAAGUGUUACUUUUGGGAUUUCUCACUUUUUCAUGUAAGUCCUAGGAUUUUCAAACAAUGCAUCUUGUUAAAGUAGAAAAUGAUUCCAGUUCAUCAGAAUUAUGUAACAUGAUCUGAGAGAAGAUUCCACAACAGAAUAUUACAAGGCCGAAGGACCUUGAUUUGUGGAAUAUUUGUUAAUUUUAAUAUUGAAUUUUGUUGAAUAUAGUGGUUUAUCUGUAAAUGUCUUUGCUGAGAGUACAGUAGAUAGAUAGAUAGAUAGAUAGAUAGAUAGAGUGUAGAUAGAGGAUAUAUAGAUAAAUAGAUAGAUAGAUAGAUAGAUAGAUAGAUAGAUAGAUAGAUAGAUAGAUAGAUAAAUAGAUAGAUAGAUAGAUAGAUAGAGUGUAGAUAGAGGAUAUAUAGAUAAAUAGAUAGAUAGAUAGAUAGAUAGAUAGAUAGAUAAAUAGAUUGAUAGAUAGAUAGAUAGUGUAUAGAUAUAUAGAUAGAUAGAUAAAUAGAUAGAUAGAUAGAUAGAUAGAUAGAUAGAUAGAUAUAUGAUGGAUAGAUAGAUAGAUAGAUAGAGGGUAGAUAGAUAGAUAUAUGAUGGAUAGAUAGAUAGAUAGAUAAUAGAUAGAUACUGUAUAGAUAGAUAGAUAGAGAGUAGCUAGAUAGAUAGAUAGAUAGAUAGAUAGAUCGAUAGACAGAUAGUGUAUAGAUCAAUAGUUAAAUAGAUAGACAGAUAGAUAGAUAGAGAGACAGACAGACAGACAGAUAUAUAGAUAGAUAGAUAGAUAAAUGAUAGAUAGAUAGAUAGAUAAAUGAUAGAUAGAUAGAUAGAUAGAUAGAUAGAUAAAUAGAUAGAUAGAUAGAUAGACAGAUAGAUAGACAGACAGAUAGAUAGAUAGUUAAAUAGAUAGACAGAUAGAUAGAUAGACAGACAGACAGAUAUAUAGAUAGAUAGAUAGAUAGAUAAAUGAUAGAUAGAUAGAUAAAUGAUAGAUAGAUAGAUAGAUAGACAGAAAGAUAAAGCACCGUGCUUACAGCAGCAGUAGCUUAGUAUCCAACAGCUUAAAAUACAUAGUAAAAACAAAGAGAACGUUACCUGCGCUCUGGCCUAAAUCCCCAUGUACAUUUAAACAAAAUGGAGGCUCUUUAGUUUUAUUCCAAUGGCCAUUUGAAUAUGUAAGCUCACCUGCCACGUCAAGGCAAGUACCCCUUCCUGUCUUACUGGAGAUUCUUGGCUGAUAGCGGCAUAUCUAAUGGAUAGUGUAGGACUCGCCUAUUGAGAUUAUAAACAGGUCUAACAUUGCUUCUGAUUUUCAUCAGGUUUAUUGAAAAUAACAAAAUCCGAUCGAUUUCUGGGAAUGCGUUCCGAGGUUUGAAAUCACUUGUCCAUCUGUGAGUACACCGGUGGGACCAAAAAUAUUUUUAUAACAUUUAAAGUGGGACAUUAGAAGCUUGCAUUAAAUCCUUGUUGAUGUACUGUGUGCUUUAGAAUAUACAAUAAUAAAUUCUGUACAAAACAUGUUCGAAGGCUACAAUAAUUUACAGGUUUAGGCAACAAAAAUAGCAUGAAAAAUAAUAAUAUGAUGAAACAUUGUUUGCUUUUUGUUAUGAACAAUGCCCUGACUUGUGUUCUGUCUCUCAUUUCUGCAGGAGCCUGUCCAAUAAUCAUCUGAAGUCUCUCCCACAAGGCUUGUUUCUGAACCUGCCGGCUGUCAAACACAUGUACGUUACCAAUACAAAUAUAUCAUACAUUAGUUGUACGCAGGGCUACGACUGAAACUAACACUAAUGAGGAGUUUUUCCAUGUUGGCCACCAGCACGAGCCAAUGGACAUGUCAACAUAACUCUAUCCCAAGACUUUGAAAAGCAAGUGCAUAGAUUUGGUUCCCAAUGGAUUUUUGUGACAGAUCCCAGUUUGAUAGGAGCCUUAUUUCCAAAUGGCUUUAGUUCAAUAUAUCGAACUUAGCAAAUUGUGACCCACUUAAUGAGGGGUAACUGGGCAUAGGAUGUUGUCUGCAUCUGGAUACGUUAUUUGUUAAUUUAUAUAUUUUUGAAGUGGCACAUGGACAGUGAAAUCCAAUUAAAUUAAUAUUUUAAGCACAAUUCUUUAGCCAUAAAGAAAUUAGAGAUUAGCUACAGACCCCAAGAUGGUAAGUGGUUUGUAAAAUGAGAUAUAUGGGGAGGAAAGGAUGAUCCAACAGAUAUGGUGAAGGUAGAAAUUAGUGGAACAGGAUCAUGACAAUGCAUGGAGUUGGACUAAAUUAGACUUGUGUGCGGUGGACAUAUUUGGUUCGGCCGAAUCACUUAAAAAAACAAAACGAGUCAUCCAUGUGGAAGUUGAGUUUGUAUGAAUAUUGCCCAUAAAACAUAUUCAGAGAAACUAUUCAGACAAACCAAAAGGGCACAAACAUGGGUCAAUCAUCUUUUUUUUCCAUCAAUCAUCUCAGCAUUUUGGUGUCACGGUCAAGAACUCUGAAUCCUGAAUUAAACUAACCUGCUUGUCUGUUGUGUGAGUCAUUUGUUCGUUUAUACAUCCAUAUGGCAUGUCAGUGAUGCAGAAUAUCUCUGGUGAUGUGUAAUUAUGUGUAAUUCAUUAUUCUGCAGUGAUUUACGUGGGAACAGUUUUCAUUGUGACUGUCAAAUCAAAUGGCUGGUGCAGUGGAUGAACGGGAAUGGGAAGAACGUGGCCGUGUGGCCUCCUUUGCCAUGUGCUGAGUCUUCAAAGCUUGGCGGACGCAACCUUACUGACCUAACAGUAAAUGAUUUCUACUGUGUGGCCAGCAGUAAGUCAUCAGAAACCGUAUAGCUUCCUACAGUGGUUAAACUAUCUAACACUAUAUCAUUCAACAGUAAAUAUGCAAACACAAAAAAACUUUAAAAUUUACAUGAAAUGGACCGAGAACAAUGACCAUUUCAAGGCUAACCCUUAUCCAAAAAUGUCUUAAAAAAAAAGGAAAGAACAUCUGUUUUUUUUCAAUAAAUUGACAUUGCAACUAAUAAUUCUUGUUUUAUUGUUAGCAAAUUUAAUAAUUAUGUAACAACAUAUAAAAAAUGGCUGACUAUGAGUUAUUACCCUGCAACAUACUGAAUACAAACCAACCAACAGUGACCUCCUUCAGUGUCAGUGCUAGGUUUGUCUGUAUGUACAGAGUUAAUCAGAAACAUAACCCAUUAACAGCACAUAUGAUUAUAUUGGAUUGGCAUGGAGCUAUUUUGGAUGUCUUUGAUUUUUCUAGAUAUCAUCCAGAGGUGGACCUUCAAGCUACCGUCAUUGUCUGUCCAAUCCUUCCAAUAUCUCUCUGAUCAAUAUGUUGUGAUCACUCAUCCCUUUGAAGGACGUUGCACCUUCAUGGAGUGGGACCACGUGGCUUAUGUCUUUAGACAGUAUAACAGCAUCAAAGGUGAGUUUCAAGUUUGGUUUUACAAUGAGGAUGUCACAACUCUUAAAAACCUCUACUGGCUCCGGCUAUAUUUAGGUGAAAUUAUCUGACUGUCUGACUUUUAUUAAUUCAGAAAUCAAGAAAAGUGUGGACUAUUUUAGAAACUAGUAGUUUUUUAAGAAACUCUGAAGAUAUUGUUACCCUAUAACCUCAAGAAAACUUAAAAAGAAAGACCAUCGAUAUAAUUAUGGUGCUGAAAGCUUCUGGCCUACAGAAUUGUCUAACUAUUGAAUGUCAUGCAAUAUGCUGAUCCAAUUAUUUUCUUUACAAAGACAACAAUGUACCCAUAUUCUCCAAUGGACUACCUGUAGCAAAGAAGAAAGCACAGGUAUUCAAGUAAAUAGCAGACAUGUUGUCAAAUCAAACUGCAUUCUGCUGGAUACCAUGGUUAAAUAGUCUCUCCUUAAUAAGACUAUCCUUAUUGACAAGUUUUCUUUUAGUUAUAAUCGUAGGAAUUCAACAGCAGAGGAUUUGUCUAGUGACUGCAUAGAAUAUUCAAUAACUAUUGUUCAUACAGCACGACACACAUACUGUACAUAGUGUUAAACAUUUUCAGAUGAAAACUUGGUUUGAUCAUUUUUAUGACUCAUGUCUUCUCCAUACAGGUGUUUCUAUUGUUUCCUGCAUGCCUUUAGUUAUUGGGGAUCAGCUCUUUGUUGUUGUGGCUCAGUUAAUUGGAGGCUCAUCUAUCUAUCGUUGGGACCCAAACCCUGGAGCCAUCUCUUCAUUCCGUCUCUUCCAGAAGCUGCCUGAUACCCGUAAGCCCAAUGAUGUGGAAUAUUUUAGAUCAGGAGAAGAACACUACUUUAUAAUUGCUGAUAGUGCUAAAUCUGGAGCCAGUACUAUAUACAGAUGGGAUGGGCGUGGGUUCUACACUCACCAGAAGCUGCCUCAUUGGUAUCGUGACACUGAUGCUGAACCCUUGCUCCUCUCAGGAUCCACACAUCUUAUUAUGAGCAGUGGCUCCCAGAGGCCUCUUGUAUAUCGGUUUGAAGACAAACAUCUCAGACGCCUCACUGAUAUCCCUGAAGCUUGGGAUGUGUACGCGGUGAAGCAUUUCACCGAUCCAGAAGAUGGUGUCUUUGCCUGUUUGGUGAGUUAUAUUGGUGAAUCGUCCCUAGUUCGCUGGGAUGGAUCAAUGUUUCGUCAACUCCAGCAACUGCCCUCUAGAGGAUCCCAUGUUUUUCAACCUCUGAUGCUGGGCAACAAAUGGCACACUUUUCUGGGGCACGACUUUGGUUAUGCAUAUGUAUACCAGCUGGAGAAAUGGAAGCACUGGGAGGUUGAGGAAGUGAGUGAAGGAGAAGGACUGAAAGGGCCAUUAGUGCAGUUUCAGGAGCUCCGUGUCUUGGCGGCUCGAUCUUUUGCCACUGUACAAGUGAGAGGCAGGCAGUUUGUCUUUGUGGCAAGUUUUGGAGGGGAUACAAUGGUAUAUGAAUAUGUGGAAUAUGAAAACAAUGUAUAA